GAAACAUGAGAGUAGGAGGGGGAACAGAAAAUGGAAGCUCUCUUAUUUAUCAUGCUUCGCUGAUAUAGAGUUUUACAAAUAGACUCAUUUAGCAGAGUAAGUGGAUUAUAUGAGUUUUAUUUCUAUUUCAUACUUAUAGUGAAGUUGUUGACAUGUUUUAUAAGUGAGUGUUGUGCACCGCCCCUCCUCUGUUUCCCAGUGGUUUGUUCCAGGUGAGCUGUUCUCCUUCUCAAGCAGUGAGCUGUCAGGUAAGACGGGUUAGAGCGAACGUCUGUCUAUGGUGUCACCGCUUUUGUGUUUACUGAUCCAUCAAUGUCUCUCAUCUGACUCCCGCAUUGCCUGGAAACCUUCUGCCAGUACAGGUAAGAUGCCCUGUGCCCACUACCCUUUAUAGACAACAUUUAGAGUCACACAAGAGUCUUGUGUACAGCUGGAAGGGUUUGUCACAUCUAAGCAGGUAGACAUGGUGUUAUUUACAGUGACCUUUUCCAGGAUUGUACUGGGACUGAGAAAUAUCCCAGGUUAGGAAUGAGAGUAAGAAUUAUCUCAGGUUAGGACUGAGAGUGAGAAUUAUCCCAGUAUUGUACUGAGACUGAGAAUUACCCCAGUAUUGUACUGAGACUGAGAAUUAUCCCAGAAUUGUACUGAGACUGAGAAUUAUCCCAGAAUUGUACUGAGAAUUAUCCAAGAAUUGCACUAAGACUGAGAAUUAUCCCGGUAUUGUACUGAGAAUUAUCCCAGAAUUGUACUGAGAAUUAUCUCAGUAUUGUACUGAGACUGAGAAAUAUCCCAGUAUUGUACUGAUAAUUAUGCCAGUAUUGUACUGAAACUGAGAAAUAUCCCAGGUUAGGACUGAGAGUGAGAAUUAUCCCAGGUUAGGACUGAGAAUGAGAAUUAUCCCAGUAUUGUACUAAGACUGAGAAUAACCCCAGUAUUGUACUAAGACUGAGAAUUAUCCCAUAAUUGUACUGAGAAUUAUCCCAGUAUUGUACUGAGACUGAGAAAUAUCCCAGGUUAGGAAUGAGAGUGAGAAUUAGCCCAGGUAAGGACUGAGACUGGAAAUAAUCCCAGGUUAGGACUGAGAGUGAGAAUUGUACUGAGAAUUAUCCCAGUAUUGUACUGAGACUGAGAAAUAUCCCAGGUUAGGAAUAAGAGUGAGAAUUAGCCCAGGUAAGGACUGAGACUGGAAAUAAUCCCAGGUUAGGACUGAGAGUGAGAAUUAUCACAGGUUAGGACUGAGACUGAGAAUUAUCCCAGUAUUGUACUGAGACUGAGAAUAUUAUCCCAGUAUUGUACUGAGACUGAGAAAUAUCCCAGUAUUGUACUGAGAAUUAUGCCAGUAUUGUACUGAAACUGAGAAAUAUCCCAGGUUAGGACUGAGAGUGAGAAUUAUCCCAGGUUAGGACUGAGAAUGAGAAUUAUCCCAGUAUUGUACUAAGACUGAGAAUAACCCCAGUAUUGUACUAAGACUGAGAAUUAUCCCAGGUUAGGACUGAGAAUGAGAAUUAUCCCAGUAUUGUACUAAGACUGAGAAUAACCCAAGUAUUGUACUAAGACUGAGAAUAACCCCAUUAUUGUACUAAGACUGAGAAUUAUCCCAUAAUUGUACUGAGACUGAGAAAUAUCCCAGGUUAGGAAUGAGAGUGAGAAUUAGCCCAGGUAAGGACUGAGACUGGAAAUAAUCCCAGGUUAGGAUUGAGAGUGAGAAUUAUCACAGGUUAGGACUGAGACUGAGAAUUAUCCCAGUAUUGUACUGAGACUGAGAAUAUUAUCCCAGUAUUGUACUGAGAGUGAGAAUUAUCCCAGUAUUGUACUGAGAAUUAUCUCAGUAUUGUACUGAGACUGAGAAAUAUCCCAGUAUUGUACUGAGAAUUAUGCCAGUAUUGUACUGAAACUGAGAAUAACCCCAGUAUUGUACUAAGACUGAGAAUUAUCCCAUAAUUGUACUGAGAAUUAUCCCAGUAUUGUACUGAGACUGAGAAAUAUCCCAGGUUAGGAAUGAGAGUGAGAAUUAGCCCAGGUAAGGACUCAGACUGGAAAUAAUCCCUGGUUAGGACUGAGAGUGAGAAUUAUCCCAGUAUUGUACUAAGACUGAGAAUAACCCCAGUAUUGUACUGAGAAUUAUCCCAGUAUUGUACUGAGACUGAGAAAUAUCCCAGGUUAGAACUGAGACUUAGAAUUCUCCCAGGAUUGUACUGACUGUGAAUUAUCCCAGGAUUUUGCUGAUUCUGAGAAUUAUCCCAGUAUUGUACUGAGACUGAGAAAUAUCCCAGGUUAGAACUGAGACUUAGAAUUCUCCCAGGAUUGUACUGAGUGUGAAUUAUCCCAGGAUUUUGCUGACUCUGAGAAUUAUCCCAGUAUUGCGCAGAGACUGAGAAUUAUCCCAGGUUAGAACUGAGAGUACGAAUUAUAUUUAGGUUAUCACUGAGACUGGGACUGAGACUGAAAACUGUCCAGGUUAGGUUUGAGACUGACAUCUGUCCAGAUUAGCACUGAGACUGACAUCUAUCCAGGUUAGGACUGAGACUGACUCAUAUCCAGAUUAGCACUGAGACUGACAUCUGUCCAGGUUAGGAUUGAGACUGACACCUAUCCAGGUUAGGACUGAGACUGACAUCUAUCCAGAUUAGCACUGAGACUGACAUCUGUCAAGGUUAGCAUUGAAACUGACACCUCUCCAGGUUAGGAUUGAGUCUGACACCUAUCCAAGUUAGCACUGUGACUGACAUCUAUCCAGGUUAGGAUUGUGAGUGACACCUAUCCAGGUUUGGACUGUGACUGACAUCUAUCCAUGUUAGGAUUGAGACUGAAACCUAUCUAGGUUAGCACUGAGACUGACACCUAUCCAGGUUAGGAUUGAGACUAACACCUAUCCAGGUUAGGACUGUAACUGACAUCUGUCCAGGUUAGGAUUGAGACUGACAUCUGUCCAGGUCAGCACUGAGACUGACACCUAUCCAGGUUAGGAUUGAUACCUAUCCAGGUUAGGACUUUUACUUACAUCUAUCCAGGUUAGGACUGUGACUGACACCUAUCCAGAUUAGCACUGUGACUGACAUCUGUCCAGGUUAGCAUUGAGACUGACACCUAUCCAGGUUAGGACUGUGACUGACACCUAUCCAGGUUAGGAUUGAGACUGACAUCUAUCCAGGUUAGGACUGUGACUGUCAUCUAUCCAGGUUAGGACUGAUACCUAUCCAGGUUAGGACUUUUACUGACAUCUAUCCAGGUUAGGACUGUGACUGACACCUAUCCAGAUUAGCACUGUGACUGACAUCUAUAUAGGUUAGGAUUGUGAGUGACACCUAUCCAUGUUAGGACUGAGACUGACACCUAUCCAGGUUAGGACUGUGACUGACAUCUAUCCAGGUUAGCACUGAGACUGACAUCUAUCCAGGUUAGCACAGAGACUGACACCUAUCCAGGUUAGGACUGUGACUGACAUCUAUCCAGGUUAGGAUUGAGACUGACACCUAUCCAGGUUAGCACUGAGACUGACACCUAUCCAGGUUAGGAUUGAGACUGACAUCUGUCCAGGUUAGCACUGAGAUUGACACCUAUCCAGGUUAGGACUGUGACUGACAUCUAUCCAGGUUAGGACUGUGACUGACACCUAUCCAGAUUAGGACUGUGACUGAGAUCUUUCCAGGUUAGCACUAAGACUGACAGCUAUCCAGGUUAGGACUGUGACUGACACCUAUCCAGGUAAGGAUUGAGACUGACACCUAUCCAGGUUAGGACUGAGACUGACACCUAUCCAGAUUAGCACUGUGACUGACAUCUAUCUACGUUAGCACUGAGACUGACGCCUAUCCAAGUUAGGAUUGAGACUGACGCCUAUCCAGGUUAGGACUGUAACUGACACCUAUCCAGGUUAGGAUUGAGACUUACACCUAUCCAGGUUAGCACUGAGACUAACAGCCCCAAAAGUCCCGAAAGGCUAUACCAUCCAUAGUUGAGUCGGUAACCGGAUGAAUCCCCUUGUUCGUGGGAUUCAUCCUACCGAACGACGAGCCGUUCGUGUGUUUCUAUCUGUGUUUUGCGAAGCCCUGGAGGUCUUAGCGGGGAUUGGCUAGUCGAGUGUCCGUUUUUAGUUCCAGACACGCGACGACAAGUACGGUUGUAGUUUCUUCAGGGCCCACACCACAGCCAGGCAUUCUUUUUCGAUGGCGGCGUAGCUUACUUCUCUCGGUAACAAUUUUCUACUGAUGUAAGCCACGGGAUGUUCUCCGCCAUCGGCCCCGACUUGGCUCAGUACUGCCCCCAGUCCAAACAUAGAAACGUCUGUGUAGACAAGAAAGCGUUUAGUUGGAUCAGGGCUGCCAAGACGGGAGCAUUUACAAGUGCGUUCUUCAGCUGUUGGAAUGUCUGCUCACACUCUGGGGUCCAGGUGACCUGAUGGGGAAGGUUCUUAUGGGUAAGGUCGGUAAGGGGUUUGGCCAGGGCGCUAUAAUUGGGCACAAAUUUCCUAUAAUACCCUACCGUCCCUAAAAAGGCUAACACCUGAGUUUUGUUUCUAGGAGUUGGCCACUGAGCUACGGCCUCUACCUUUGCGGGUUCUGGCUUCUGCAAUCCGCAACCUACUCGGUGGCCGAGGUACUGAACCUCAGCCAUCCCAAUACUGCACUUGGCUGGCUUUAAAGUUAACCCUGCCUCCCUGAUCCUGUCUAUAACUGCUCCUAUAUGGGUUAGGUGCUCCUACCAGGUAUUGCUGAAGAUGGCAAUAUCAUUGAGAUAUGCACAGGUAUAGUCCUGGAACCCAUCUAAGAGUCGGUCCACCAUCCACUGGAAUGUGGCCGGGGCGUUCUUCAUCCCAAAAGGCAUUACCUUAAAUUGGUACAAGCCGAAUGGUGUGACGUACGCCGACUUAGGGAUAGUGUCUGGGGCUAAGGGAAUCUGCCAAUACCCCUUACAAAGAUCAAUUGUAGUGAGGUAUUGGCCCCUGCCCAUCUGGUCCAGCAAUUCGUCUAUCCUGGGCAUAGGAUAGGCGUCAGAUACAGUUUUCUCAUUUAAUCUCCGGUAGUCCACGCAGAAACUGGUGGUACCAUCCCGUUUAGGUACAAGGACUACUGGGGAAGCCCAGGGGUUGUCAGAAGGCUCAGUGACCCCCAGUUGGAGCAUCUCAUUAAUCUCCUGGUGCAUGUGUUCCCGCACCGCCUCUGGUAUGCAGUAUGGGGUUUGGGGCAUAGGUAACUGACCUGGGGUUUCUACAUGGUGAGUCGCCAGGGGCAUGUAACCUGGCACAUUAGAGAAGGAUUCUUGUUUUUCCCUCACCAACUGUUGUACCUCACUUCGCUCCUGUGGACUCAGCCGCUCCCCCAGCUUAACCUCGGCUAUGUCGCUACCCGAUUUCCCGUCUUCUAGCAGGUCUGGAAGGGGAAGGUUGUCAAACUCUUCAGAGGGGGGUGCACAAAUGGCUGUCACCUCGUCGGAGCGCUCCCGGUAGGGCUUCAGCAUGUUCACAUGGAUCAUGCGUCGCCCCCCUGAAUGUUAAUUAGUGCUGCCACCUCGCGAUACCUGGUUGCAUAGUCUACUACUGUUAAUAUGUAUUUCUUGCCGAGGCGCUAGCCUUCUUUAAGGGACCUACUAUGUCCACCACUAUUCGGCUAAAUGGCUCCUCCACUAUGGGUAGGGGAUGAAUUUUGGCUUUCCUGCGGUCUCCCCUUUUUCCUACCCUCUGGCAGGUGUCGCAGGUACCGCAAUACCUCCGGGCCUCCUGACUUAUCCCUGGCCAGAAAAAACUCUGGGUCAAUCGAUACCGGGUGCGACUGACCUCUCGGUUUGGCCGGAAGCCCCGGAGCUGGUCCGAUUGUAGGCCGAAACAUGCAAGCCGUCACAUCACCAUCACACGCAGCACACCAUCUCAACCUGGGACUUACCCUAUUGGAUCGACUCAAACUGAGUUACGGUGUUGGAAGCAGUCACAAGGCCAGCUUGACCAGGGUCAGGAGUAAUAUAGGCCUCAGUGUGCCAUGCGGGACUAUGCAUUCCCUAUGCAGGGGGUAGGCUAACUACAUCAUGAGAGCACUUUUCAGGGCGCCAGUCUACAGUCCUGGGGGAUGCUCUAUUUCUAACACGUGCCCUACAUAAACGUAUGGGACCCAAGUGUCUUACUUUGUGCACAUGCUGAAUUAUAUUCCUUGUUUUAUUUUUUACGUUUAGUUUUAUUAUUAUUUUAUUACAUUCUGAGGCAGCUGAUAUAUGUAAUAUGUUUGUAUUCUUGAGGGGCUUCACUGGUUUUAUCUGAUAAGCAUUAUAGCCUGCUUACUUACUACACAAUCGCUAUACUUGCCUUUAUAGGCAACACUAGCCUGAUACUUAUCUCAUUGCUCUGAACCCAAUGUUCUAUAUGAUGGCAUUUCACUUAGCAGGUGUAUACUUUAUCUCAUAAUCCUGGUUAUCCGCAGUUCGAAAAUAUAGCUAUUAAUGACCAUUCAUCUACUGACUCAAGCAUGUUUACUGCUGGUUUUCUUUCACAAUUAUUUUGUUUUUUUGUCUAAGCAUACCUACAUGCAUCUUGCAAACAAACUAAAUACCCAGUUAUGAACCAUUGUUCUAUGAAACACUGCACUCCAUAAAUAAAGAAUUAUAUAAAAACAUGGAUACAAACUUGUUUAUGUCGUUGUUUUACUCCUUUAUGUCAUUAUGACAAUUAGUUUUAGCAUUAUCUCCACAGGAAGUCAUCACGUGUAUGCUGUGAUGGCAUUCCAUGUGUAUGUUGUGAUGGUAUUCCGUGUGCUGCUGUGAUGGCAUUCCAUGUGUAUGUUGUGAUGGUAUUCCAUGUGCUGCUGUGAUGGUAUUCCAUGUGUAUGUUGUGAUGGCAUUCCAUGUGUAUGUUGUGAUGGCAUUCCAUGUGCUGCUGUGAUGGCAUUCCAUGUGUAUGUUGUGAUGGUAUUCCAUGUGCUGCUGUGAUGGCAUUCCAUGUGUAUGUUGUGAUGGCAUUCCAUGUGCUGCUGUGAUGGCAUUCCAUGUGUAUGUUGUGAUGGCAUUCCAUGUGCUGCUGUGAUGGCAUUCCAUGUGUAUGUUGUGAUGGCAUUCCAUGUGUAUGUUGUGAUGGUAUUCCAUGUGUAUGCUGUGAUGGCAUUCCAUGUGUAUGUUGUGAUGGCAUUCCAUGUGUAUGUUGUGAUGGCAUUCCAUGUGUAUGUUGUGAUGGCAUUCCAUGUGUAUGUUGUGAUGGCAUUCCAUGUGUAUGCUGUGAUGGCAUUCCAUGUGUAUGUUGUGAUGGUAUUCCAUGUGUAUGCUGUGAUGGUAUUCCAUGUGUAUGUUGUGAUGGUAUUCCAUGUGUAUGCUGUGUUGGCAUUCCAUGUGUAUGCUGUGAUGGCAUUCCAUGUGUAUGUUGUGAUGGCAUUCCAUGUGUAUGGUGUGACGGCAUUCCAUGUGUAUGCUGUGAUGGCAUUCCAUGUGUAUGUUGUGACGGCAUUCCAUGUGUAUGUUGUGAUGGCAUUCCAUGUGUAUGCUGUGAUGGCAUUCCAUGUGUAUGUUGUGAUGGCAUUCCAUGUGUAUGCUGUGAUGGCCUUCCAUGUGUAUGUUGUGACGGCAUUCCUUGUGUAUGUUGUGAUGGCAUUCCAUGUGUAUGUUGUGAUGGCAUUCCAUGUGUUUGUUGUGAUGGUAUUCCAUGUGUUUGUUGUGAUGGCAUUCCAUGUGUAUGUUGUGAUGGCAUUCCAUGUGUAUGCUGUGUUGGCAUUCCAUGUGUAUGCUGUGUUGGCAUUCCAUGUGUAUGCUGUGUUGGCAUUCCAUGUGUAUGCUGUGAUGGCAUUCCAUGUGUAUGUUGUGAUGGCAUUCCAUGUGUAUGUUGUGAUGGCAUUCCAUGUGUAUGCUGUGUUGGCAUUCCAUGUGUAUGCUGUGUUGGCAUUCCAUGUGUAUGCUGUGUUGGCAUUCCAUGUGUAUGCUGUGAUGGCAUUCCAUGUGUAUGUUGUGAUGGCAUUCCAUGUGUAUGUUGUGAUGGCAUUCCAUGUGUAUGCUGUGAUGGCAUUCCAUGUGUAUGUUGUGAUGGUAUUCCAUGUGUAUGCUGUGAUGGUAUUCCAUGUGUAUGUUGUGAUGGUAUUCCAUGUGUAUGCUGUGUUGGCAUUCCAUGUGUAUGCUGUGAUGGCAUUCCAUGUGUAUGUUGUGAUGGCAUUCCAUGUGUAUGUUGUGACGGCAUUCCAUGUGUAUGUUGUGAUGGUAUUCCAUGUGUAUGUUGUGAUGGCAUUCCAUGUGCUGCUGUGAUGGCAUUCCAUGUGUAUGUUGUGACGGCAUUCCAUGUGUGUUGUGAUGGUAUUCCAUGUGUAUGCUGUGAUGGUAUUCCAUGUGUAUGUUGUGAUGGUAUUCCAUGUGUAUGUUGUGAUGGCAUUCCAUGUGUAUGUUGUGAUGGCAUUCCAUGUGUAUGUUGUGAUGGCAUUUUACGAUGGUGUAAUGACGAGUGUCAGAAUAGCAUAUUUGCAAUUUUUAUUCCAUCGCUGUUAUACUUGCUUAGGGCUAGUAAAUGGGAGUUCGUAGACAAUGAUUGGAUUUGGAACUAGGGCAAUUAGUUAAUCGAUGCUUGCACUACUGUCCCCGUUUAACCCUUCAUGUAACAGUGACAGCAUCGUGUUGUGAUGGUCAGAGAUAGUUUUACGCCCAUGCUAUAGGACACCUGCCUGGAGUGUCACUUUACUGGACCUGCCUUAAUGUUUGUUUGAAACUUUUGUUUCUAAACCGUGAAGUAUAGAUCCUGGUAAAAGCACAUCACAUUUCCUCAUGGGUUGCCUGUCCAGAAAAACCUGCUUCUCAUUCUAGGUGUUGUCCCUGUUGUCCCUGUUGACACAUCAUUCUAGCACCUAUUAUUCGUGAGUGCAGCCACAGGCAUUUCUAGGUUUUUAAACAAAUUAAUGCUCAGUUCAUAGUAUCAUAGCAUUCUCAUAUGGUAAUAUAAUAAAGCUUCAAUAAUAAAUCAGGAUUUCCUGUUGGAUGAUACUCCUCUGCAGAAUUCAUUUGAAUUGUUUGUCAUAUUACAGCAUAAUUCGCUGUGAUUUGGAUAUCACAUUCAGUGCUUUAAUUAGGUAUUCUCUUUAGUUCCAUUAUAUUGUUCUCUAAUGGCAGAGCUAAAUACAAUUUAAAUUUAUUAUUGAUAAUGAGCCCUGUUUGCUGUGUUUAGUUUUAAAAAAAAACCUGGUUUUAGUUAGAGUUACGCUUUCUGUGGUGGUCCGCUCCCCACCUUCAAGGUAAAGAGGCUUAAACAUUCAUACGUACUUUUCCAUGGCCAAGGUCAAGUUCUUCCCUAAACCCGAUCCAUAUUGGUUGAUGUCACUCCCCCGCACCGGAGGUCGACAUCAAAGGAGGGCAUUCUGAGCUUGCUAAUGAGAUGGGUUAACGAAAUGUUGCAGAUACAGAGUCCAAACACCAUGUCCAUUUCAAAUCACUGAAGUGUUCAUUGUGUCUGGAGGAAUCCUUCAAAUAGAAACAUGAUACCAUCUGCUCUGCUGUCUUACAUCCGAAAACCUUCACCUCUGCCUUUGCCACUUCCUGGUUCCCCUUGUCCCUCUCCCAAAAUUGGGUCAUACUUUCUUGUCACAUCUAAUCAGCAACUUUCCUCAGUACUUUUAGCAAGUUCCCCAAACUCUCAUUUUCACAAAUACCUUACUUGACCCCAGUUGACCCCCUCUUGACCUUCUUGUUCAGAAAGACUUGUAUGACCUUAUGACUACCUACCUUUAUAUCUUCAUUUAUUCCCUGCUCCCCAUUCAUGUAUCCAUCUUCUACUGGUCCGUCCACCAGUUGUCCCCAAAUUUUAUCUAGCCCGAUUCCACCAGAUUCUUUUAUUUUGUUGUUAAAGGAGCUCUUUUAAUUUAAAUCUUAACUACUACAGGUGCUUAGAGUGUCCUUUAAUUUCCUUAUCGAUUGAUGAUCUCUAAUCGGUUUAACCCCUUAAGGACACAUGACAUGUGUGACAUAUGACAUGUGUGACAUGUCAUGAUUCCCUUUUAUUCCAGAAGUUUGGUCCUUAAGGGGUUAAAGCACCUAAGAUAAGGUCUCUCUGGAGGAAUUGUAAAGUAAAUAAACAUAUUGUUAGGAUCUUGUAAUCAGGCCCGGACUGGCCAUCGGGCACACCGGGCAAAUGCCCGGUGGGCCGCGGUGGCCGUGCGGCCGAGGCCGUCAGGGAGAUCACAGGAUCUCUCCUGCCGGUCUUUGCAGGGCCGGCACUAUCUGAAAGCCGGCCCUGCAGUAGUCUACAGCGGGCCGGUGGGGAGAUCAGAGAUCUCCCUCACCGGCCCACAUAGAGAAUACUGCGGCCGCCGGGGGAGAGAGGGAGGGAGGCAGCCGGCCAGCAGAGGAACCCCGGCGGAGCUUUAACUUACAGCUCCGCCGGGUUCCUCUCGCGGGAUUCGGAGCGUUGCCAUGGCAACGCUCCGGGUCUCGCGAGAGUGAACUCUAGCCCAACAGGCUAGAGUUCACUCACCACUUGGACCACCAGGGAUGGAUGGCGGCAGGAGUAGCAGGAUCCCCCCUCCCAGGCAUAAGGUAAGCAGGGAGGGGGGAUAUAAUCAGGGCACAGCAGGGCACAUAACACUCCCAGCACCCUUAUUCACACACACACACUGCACCCCUGACACUCACACACACACACUGCACCCCUGACACUAACAGCACACACACACACACUGCACCCCUGACACUCACAGCACCCUCACACACACACUGCACGUCUGACCCUCACAGCACACACACUGCACCCUGACACUGCACCCCUGACACUCACACACACACACUGCACCCCUGACACCCACAGCACACACUCACACACACCUGCACCCCUGACACUCACACAGCACCUCACACACACACACUGCACCCCUGACACCUACAGCACACUCACACACACUGCACCUGACACUCACAGCACACACACUGCACCCCUUGACACUCACAGCACUCUCACACACACACUGCACCCCUGACACCUCACAGCACCCUCACUCACACACUACACGCCUGACACUCAGCACAGCCACAAAAUGCACCCCUAACACUCACAGCACCUCACACACACACACACACACCCUGACACGCAUGCAGCACACACACUGCACCCCUGACACUCACAGCACCCUCACACACACACUACACCCCUGACAUGCAUAUCACACACCCUCACUUACACACACUGCACCCCUGACACUCACAGCACCCUCACACAAACACACACACACACACAGCACCCUCACACUGCACCCCUGACACUCACACACACACACAGCACCCUCCUCACACACUGCACUCUGACACUCACAGCACUCAAUAGCACACACACUGCACCCCUGACACUCACAGCACCCUCACACACACUGCACCCCUGACACUCACAGCCCCCUCACACACACACUACACCCCUGACAUGCAUAUCACACACCCUCACUUACACACACUGCACCCCUGACACUCACAGCUUCCUCACAUGCAUACACUGCACCCUCACACAUGGCUUCCUCACAUUCACAUAGCGCCCUCAUGCAAACACAGCACCCACUCACACACAGCACACACACACACUGCACCCAUCACACACACAGCACCCUUACCCACAUAGCACCCUCACGCAAACGCAGCACCCAUAACUCACACUGCACCCCUCUCUCACACACACUACACCCCUUACACACACACACAGAGCACCCUCACACACACUGCGCAAUAUGCUUUCCUGGCAUUUUUGUCUCCUGGUAUCCCAACUAUGGAGACACCAGAGACAAAUUUCAAGCAAACACAGUGCAAGCAUGUUAUUAAAUUUGCUUGGCUUGUGCAGAACAAAUACAGGGUAUUUUUCUCAUGCCAGAGCUCUUCAGCAGAGCUCUGCGCAUGGUCUACCCUGGAAGAGCAUUGAACCAACAUGCUCACUUUGUGAUGGGGCGUGCUUGUCAUUGGUGAUGACAAAACACACCCCAUCUGGCCCCGCCCCCUUUUUAGUGGGCCGCUGUAAUUAAAAAAUGCCCGGGCCGAAUUUUCUUCCCAGUCCGGCCCUGCUUGUAAUGAUAAUUCAGGCAGUGACCGAUGUGGCCUGUGAAGGGCCGAGUAAUUGUAUAAUUGUCUGAGGUUGUUGUCUCUCUUCCAUAGAAGACUUGACACCAUUAAGUUGCCUAUCAAAUGUGAAGGUAGGUCCACCAGGGAGCUGAGCCCUUUCCAUAAGAAAAACGUGCAAGUAAAAGGGUCUGUAAAACCAGCAAUCCAGCUAUUGCGAUGUUUCAUACCCGCGUGAAACUAUUGACAAGUGUUGAACUAAACAUCCCAAAUAUCCAUAUUGAGAAAGUAUUUAUUCAUAGUUUAGGCAAAGCACUCAUGCUGAGAUCAGAGGUGGAACAGGAUUUAUUGUAGAACUGUACACAAUUCUUUGUCCCUACAGAAAGUAAAUUUUGUAGCAAAUUAGAGACUAACUGGUUUAUUCUUGUUAUUUAGAUCUCUUAUUUUGUAGUUUGCUUAUAGAAGACCUGAGGUGAGCAUAUAGCUAGUGAGCUAAACUGCUAAACUACAAAACUAAGGAUUCGAGGGAUGUAUCAGAUGCCUGCUACUCACUCCUUCGGAAAGCAGCAUAGUGUGUGUUUUUCGGCACCUCUGGGAGGCGGCAUAGAAAACGAUUUGUUUCUCAUAGCAGUCUUACUGCUGCCUUUUACCUCUAACCAAGGGAGUACCAGGCUUGUUCAGGGUCACAUUGGGUGUUUAUACACAAGAAUUUAGGGAGAAUUGAUAUAAAAACAGCAAACUGUAGAUCUAAAUGGCCAAGUUGUUAUUCUGGAAUAAAACGUGCAAUCCUCUCCUCAAAUCACCAGUAUAUAGAUAGGUUGUAUAAAUCUACUAAGAAAAAAACCUGAUACAUUGUAAGUCAAACAGAAUGUCGAGAUUACUGAGAUUUCUAACGCAGAUGUCUACACUACAUUCCCAUAGACAGUGACUACCUUUCACUUGUGUGGCACAAACUAUAUUUCUCCAAGGUCUGUUACACAAGAAAUGUUUCCUAGCCCGAUGCAUAGUAUGGGUUAGAGCUAUGGGAUAUGGUUGGUAGUUUAUCAAUAUGAAGUUCUAUCAGGUUUAUGGUACUAAAGUGGGAAAUGAAAGAUAUUUUAAAGUGAAUGUAAUAUUGAAGGCACAAUAGCCGAACUGGAAAAGUUAGCUUAACUUGAAGUUUGGCUAGUGUGGCCUUAAAUUUGACAUUCACUUUGGAUUCUCAUUUUAGUGAGUGUACCUAUAUUCUAAUUGUCUAAAUUUCUUUUAUGCCUCUUGUUGUUAGUGUCCAAGAUUUUGUGCAGUCUGUUCUGUACGAUAAUACCUUUAGCUGGAGUCCAUAUAAGUAUCACUGGUGCUUUGAUAGGGUGUUUUUUCCAUCUAGAGCCCAAAAAUGAUUUGGUUUCAGUGUGCUAUAGGGAGGGGAAGCUGCCUCUCAAGAUUUGUCUACAAGUAACAUAUGUAAUAUGGUAAUACAGGGCUUGUUAGUUAACAGAGUGAGACACAGCUCGCUCACUCUCUAUCCAUUUAACAAGUGCUUUCCUGGGUUCCCGUAACCCUUCCACUAUGAGUGCCAAACCUGUUAGAACUGGAGGAACAUCUAAAGAGGGUUAAAUAUGCAGCCAGUUUGCACUGAAUGUAUUCAUUGAUUGAUUCAUUGAUCCGUUGAGGAAAGGUGAGAUUUACAUAGGACCGCAGUGGGAAUUGGAUGAUUUAGGAUUUUCUUUAAAAUACUUUAUUUUACCACUAUAGGAAUUUUAGCACCCAAAAGAGUCCUGGUGGGGCCUUUCACAUACCUAGAGUAGAACAUGAUCGAGGUGGCGUUGUCUCCACCACAAAUGAAUUGAGUGGACCCGAGUAGGGCGUAAGAUUGGUUGGAGUCUCAGUAGGCCUUUGUAUGCUGGAAAAAGAUCGACAUCAGUGUGUAUCCAUUGGGUAAUGAUGGAUUUGAACAUAAUUUGUCCUCAUUUUUACUCCUUGGGGAUGGUGCAGUUUGUCUUACAUGAGUUAACAAGUCCGACAGUAAGGAUUGUACACAGAAUGAAAGAUCAUUUAAUCGAAUACAUCAACACAUUGUGACUGUAAUAUGUCAGGACUUCAGCACUAUCACAUUAUUUGCAGUUUAGUAAAUAGCAAAGUACGUAUUUCAGAAUGAAUUUUAAAUGACUCAAAUUCACAGUUAAAUUCAGAUGUCAGUGACUGGGUGUGACAUAUAGUUUGUUUUUGUUUCAUCUAUUGUUCACGAUAGUUUCAUAUAAAAGUUUGGAAGAAGUUAGUUUGCCAUUUUCUUACGCUCUGUGUGUGAGGAUGGGGAAUGUUAAAUGUGUGAAGGAUGGAGUGAGAGAAUGGAGCCACUCUGUCAACUGACAGAAAAUCAACUGUUCAAUGAAGCACUGCAGAAAGGGCCUCGGGCCCCACUGGGUCGAGACCGGGCAUUCAGACCGUAGGGAUUUUAGGGUAAGUGCAUACAUGUACCUAGUUGUAGUAGUUGUGCUUUAGUGUGAUUUAUUUUAUGGAUUCGCUAAUUAUUAAUUAGAUUUCUUUAUUGCUUGUCUUUUUGAUUCACUUUGGUCUGUGGUUUUAAGCAAGGAGGCGUUUUAUAUCCCACUCGAAUUCAUAAUUCCUUGAAAAAGCCAGAAGUUCAGUGAACAGUAAAUGAGUGGUGUUGAGUUCUGUUAAGCUCCCUAUGGCACCAUAUCGGUCUAUAUUAGAUUAUGUAGAGGCCUCAUAUUGACCAUGGGUCGCAGAGUGCUUGGUUUGGUGUUUUUUUGGAUUUAGUUCAUAUAUUGCACUGCUACCACAUUAUAUAUUUGUGGUAUUGAAAAGCAGAUUUUGAUGGACCAGUCAGCCUCACAAACCUGUAUUUGUAGAUUGUUUUGUAAUGUUUCUCACCUUUCAGCCUAUUUUCCAUUCUCUUGUUUUACUUACGGCAUCUUUUUCCAAUAAGCCUUAUCCUAUUUCCUCUUAAAGUUAUUCCCAUUAUUGUAUUUUGUUUGUCUGUUUGUCUCUUAGCUCUUCCUUGUUAUUUUCAUGCUAUCAGCUUUUACCUGUUUUGUCUUUUACCUCUUUUCAGUGUCUUUCUCUCUCUCUCUCUCUCUCUCUCUCUCUCUCUCUCCCUCUCUCUCUCCAAUGAGGGGGAAAAAAAAUUUGAUCCCCUGCUGAUUUUGAAUGUUCGCCCACUGACAAAGAAAUGAUCAGUUGAUAAUUUUAAUUGUAGGUAUAUUUUAACAGUGAGAGAUAGAAUAACAAAAAAGAAAAUCCAGAAAAACACAUGUCAAAAAAGUUAUAAAUUGAUUUGCACGUCAGUGAGUAAAAUAAGUAUUUGACCCCUCUGACUUAGUACGUUGGUGGCAAAACCCUUGUUGGCAAUCACAGAGGCCAGAUGUUUCUUGUAGUUGGCCACCAGGUUUGCACACACAUUUCAGGAGGGAUUUUGUCCCACUCCUCUUUGCAGAUCCUCUCCAAGUCUUUAAGGUUUCGACGCUGACGUUUGGCAACUCAAACCUUCACUUCCCUCCACAGAUUUUCUAUGGGAUUAAGGUCUGGAGACUGGCUAGACAACUCCAGGACCUUAAUGUGCUUCUUCUUGAGCCACUCCUUUGUUGCCUUGGCUGUAUGUUUUGGGUCAUUGUCAUGCUGGAAUACUCAUCCACAACCCAUUUUCAAUGCCCUGGCUGAGGGAAGUAGGUUCUUACCCAAGAUUUGACAGUCCAUCAUACCUUUAAUGCGGUGCAGUUGUCUUGUCCCCUUAGCAGAAUAACACCCCUAAAGCACAAUGUUUCCACCUGUAUGGUGUUCUUGGGGUAAUAGGCAGCAUUCCUCCUCCUCCAAACAGGUCGAGUUGAGUUGAUGCCAAUGAGCUCGAUUUUGGUCUCAGUUGACCACAACACUCACCCAGUUCUCCUCUGAAUCAUUCAGAUGUUCAUUGGCAAACUUCAGACGGACCAGUACAUGUGCUUUCUUCAGGGGGACCUUGCGGGCGCUGCAGGAUUUCAGUGUGUUACCAAUUGUUUUCUUGGUGACUAUGGUCCCAGCUGCCUUGAGAUCAUUAACAAGAUCCUCCCAUGUAGUUCUGUAACUCCACUAGGUGAGAUCUUGCAUGGAGCACCAGACCAAGGGAGACUGACAAUUAUUUUGUGUUUCUUCCAUGUGCGAAUAAUCGCACCAACUGUUGUCACUUUCUCACUAGGCACGUGCAUGGGGAAAAUGUUCUUUUCGGUUCGGUAUUCGGGAACGGGUUCAGUUCAGCACUACGACACUUCAGAACUUCGGCAACUCGGCACUUCAUAGUUUCGGGACUUCUCUUGCAGCCACUUAGUAGAUAACUCCCUAAUUCCCAUGGUAUUAGGGAGUUAUCUACCAAAAGGCUGAAAGACCUAAAUUGGUCUUUCAGACAAAUUUACUAAUGUGACGAGAGCAGUCUCGCCACAUUGCAUUGGAGAAGCCUGGUUGCUUGCCUGUUGCCUUUGGAUUAUGGCCCCAUGUUAAAAGACAUAUUUUCCUGUGGACUCUAUGGCGUUCCCUUUUUAGGACCGAACAAAACUACCGAACGGCCGGCCACCCAGUAGAGAAGUGUGCUGGUGAUUAACCUCUUGGCCCCAUUCGAACGUUGAGGUUAACCGCAGACACCUCUUGAUUGAUACAGUAGUUGGGUGGCCGCCAUUCGAAUGCCGAACAUGAGGUCGCGGCCAUUUUAAACCACGCGAAGGCAUACCGGUGUUCGACGCCUAAUCCAUGGAACUGAAAACGGAUACAGUUUGGCGCAAACACCGCUGAAGCCGCCGACCUCCCUUCUUGUUUGGUAGAAGUUCACGAACAGCCCUAUAUUCGGUAGUUGUACCUGACUACACCAUACCCCAGAUAGGAAUCCCUGAGCGGCGGGUGGGGGCCCUAAAUUAGAAUAGGGGGGGACCUAUUGUCCUCCCCCCUGGCCCCCACCUCUGAGCGGUGGGUGGGGCACUAAAUACCAAUGAGCGGUGGGUGGGGACCCUAAAUACCAAUUGGGGGGACCUAAUGUCCUCCCCCCUGAGAGGUGGAUGGGGGCCCUAAAUAACAAAGCUGCUCACUGUUUACUAGACAUGCCCCUACUCGCGGUAUAGCGAGUACGGGCAGAAUUUACUAAUACUAAGUAAUCUUUACAUAGUAUUAGUAAAUUUGGCUGAAAGACCAACUUAGGUCUUUCAGCAUUUUAGUAGAUAGCUCCCUAAUACCGUGGGAAUUAGGGAGUUAUCCACUUAUUCAUUCCUGUCAUUCCAUUGACAGGCUAAGUAACUUACAUUUUAUAUGAAUGUGUGUUACUUGAUUGUUGUAAGUGUUGCAAAUGCUUACAGCUGAAUCCUAGUUUGUAUACUUUUUAUUUAAAAUUGUAUACAGUGUAACAUUCUUCUUCUUCCAUUGGGUAAGUAUAUUAGUACUUAGGCAAUACUGUGCUUCGGAACUUCAGAAAUCGGUAAUUUCGGAAGAACCCGAAUGUCCGAAUUUCCUGAAAUUCAUCCAAAUUCACAUUCGGACCGAAAAGAAUUGCACAUGUCUAUUUCUCACCAAGCUGCUUGGCGAUGGUCUUAUAGCCCAUUCCAACCAUGUGUAGGUCUACAAUCUUGUCCCUGUCAUCCAUGGACAGCUCUUUGGUCUUGGCCAUGGUGGAGAGUUUGGAAUCUGAUUGUUUGCUUCUGUGGACAGGUGUCUUUUAUACAGGUAACGAGGUGAGAUUAGGAGCAGUCCCUCUAAGACACCUGGGAGCCAGAAAUCUUGCUGAAUGAUCAAAUACUUAUUUCACUCAUUGACAUGUAAAUCAAUUAACUUUAUUGACAUGCGUUUUUCUGGUUUUUAUUUUUGUUAUUCUGUGUCUCACUGUUAAAAUACACCUACCAUUAAAAUUAUAGACUGAUCGUUUCUUUGUCAGUGGGCAAAUAUGAAAAAUCAGCAGAGGAUCAAAUACUUUUUCCUUCACCGUAUAUAUAUAUAUUUGUUCUUUUUCAAUUCCGUGCUGUCUUCCUCUAUAUCUCUCAGUUGUCAGCUGUCUCUCUUUUAUAAUUUACUCCUCUUAUUGCGACCUACCUGUUUCAUUAAUUGUUUCUCUGUCUUUUUUGUUUUGUCUCUUUUGCCAUUUUAUCUGUGUCUCCUAGUGGAUAUGCCUCACAGGUUUCUAUACCAGUAUAUUUUCAUGCUUUAUAUAAUAUUUAUUUGCAUACUUUUCCUUUUUAUCUAUGUGUAGGUUUGAGUAUGUGUCUCAUACGUUUUCCAUAUUAAUGACCUUUGUGAUGCUUUCUCUGUUUUUUCCUAUCUUAUUUCUCUAUCUCCGAGUCUGUCUUCCAGAGUCUGUCUCUGUGUUCCUGUUAGCGCUCUGCCAAUCUUUGUAAUAAUUCAGAGAUUCUGGUGCUCCAAAUGUGUUUUUUUACCGUAGUGCAGACAAUUCUGGAGUUACAGCCUUCUUUAUUAGUGAUGUCCCGAACGGUUCGCGUUCGGCGAACCGUUCGGGACAUCACUAUUCUUUAUUAAUGUGUGAAGCAUUUAACCUGCCAGCAAGCAUGACUAUUUUAUCUAACCUUCUAGGAACUCCUACCAGCUUGUCGUAGUGAUGCCUUUUGGCAGUGUCUAUUCCCAUACAGAUACAAACACAGAAUGUGGGCCUCCUUAUUAUAGGCACCUUAAAAACACACCUUCAACGCACGGCGUGAAUUUCUAACCUGUUGUCACUAUGUAGAAUCUGCAUCUAAGGAAAAUGUGUGCUUUGUUAAAACAUAUUUGUCUGUUAUCUAAAAAAAAUCUGCAUAAUUAUUUAAUUUAUUGAAAUAUUUCAAAGAAAGUCAGACAAAAAAAAUAUAAAUUUUCUGCUGAUCAGGAAGCUCACCUACUCUAUGGAAUAAGGUGUGAAGCAAUAGUUUAGGUAAAAAAAAUAUUCAAUUCUUUCCAUUUGUUUAACCUGAACAAUGUUAUUUUUCCUACUACAUAAAUCCAUUAAUCUCAUUGCGAGACCAAACUCUGCAUUUUAACGUUAGGUGAUACGAUCAAGUAUUCAACAACGAAACUGCCUGAAAUGUCUGGCUUCAGGGGUAGAUGUGAUUUUAUUCCUGAUAUCCACCUUCUGCUUGAUGGGAUUUUAUAGGCAAUAUGUGGUCUUCUCUAUAUAUUUCAACCCGCAGGGACAGUUUUACACCACAUACUGACCAUAUAGGGUAUCUUUUCAACGAAUUCAUCUGUCCAAAUUUUUAAUGUGACACUAUUUACCCUUGGUCACCCCUUUGCAGUGCGUUCAAUGAGGAAAAAGGUGAUCUUGACAAAAGCAAAUGUUUUGUUUGGUCCAAGUUGUCAUGUCAUCUCAUACCACUUGGUACUUUGGGUAUUUCUGGGUCUUUUUAAGAACUCAGUUUCUUUUUCCCAGUAUAUUAGUCCUCAUUCUGGACAUGCCAACAUGUUCAUACAAUCAGCCUUUCACUGGAAAUCACCUUACCUAUGUCACCUUACUGUACGACCUACUUAUAAUCACCUUACCUAUGUCACCUUACUGUACGAUCUACUUAUAAUCACCUUACCUAUGUCACCUUACUGUACGAUCUACUUAUAAUCACCUUACCUAUGUUACCUUACGGUACGAUCUACUUAUAAUCACCUUACCUAUGUCACCUUACUGUACGAUCUACUUAUAAUCACCUUACCUAUGUUACCUUACUGUACGAUCUACUUAUAAUCACCUUACCUAUGUUACCUUACGGUACGAUCUACUUAUAAUCACCUUACCUAUGUUACCUUACGGUACGAUCUACUUAUAAUCACCUUACCUAUGUUACCUUACUGUACGAUCUACUUAUAAUCACCUUACCUAUGUUACCUUACUGUACGAUCUACUUAUAAUCACCUUACCUAUGUUACCUUACGGUACGAUCUACUUAUAAUCACCCUACCCAUGUUACCUUACGGUACGAUCUACUUAUAAUCACCCUACCCAUGUUACCUUACGGUACGAUCUACUUAUAAUCACCUUACCUAUGUUACCUUAGGGUACAAUCUACUUAUAAUCACCUUACCUAUGUUACCUUAUGGUACGAUCUACUUAUAAUCACCUUACCCAUGUUACCUUACUGUACGAUCUACUUAUAAUCACCUUAUCUAUGUUACCUUACGGUAUGAUCUACUUAUAAUCACCUUAUCUAUGUUACCUUACGGUAUGAUCUACUUAUAAUCACCUUACCCAUGUUACCUUACGAUACGAUCUACUAAUAAUCACCUUAUCUAUGUUACCUUACUGUACGAACUACUCGUCGCUUGCUGUCAUUUUGUUCCUUCUUCUGAUUAUUUGAAUGCAGUCAAUUGAAGCGGAAAUAAAUCUGCUACAAUCUUUGGAUUUCUUAAAAUUGAAUGGAAGCGAAUCUUAUCUUUAUAUUUACCCUGACAAUAUAGACAUGUUCUGUGCUGAAAUCUUUAUUCCUGGUGAAUUUAAGCUUUGCAUUCAGAAAUGUAGCAAAUUAUUCACAGAUAUUUGUAGUCAGUAUUGUAUUGAUAAAUUAAAGGACCACUAUAGUGCCAGGAAAACAUACUCGUUUUCCUGGCACUAUAGUGCCCUGAGGGUGCCCCCACCCUCAGGGUCCCCCUCCCGCCCGGCUCUGGAAAGGGGAAAAGGGGUAAAACUUACCUUUUCCAGCUGGGCGGCUCCUCCUCUCCUCCUCCGAUCGUCGGCUGAGCGGCGGCAAGAGCUGCGGCGCAUUCAGCGGUCACAUAGGAAAGCAUUCUCAAUGCUUUCCUAUGGACGCUGGUGUGCUCUCACUGUGAAAAUCACAGUGAGAAGCACGCAAGCGCCUCUAGUGGCUGUCAAUGAGACAGCCACUAGAGGGAAUAGGGGGAAGGCUUAACCCAUUCAUAAACAUAGCAGUUUCUCUGAAACUGCUAUGUUUAUGAAAAAAUGGGUUAACCCUAGAAGGACCUGGCACCCAGACCACUUCAUUAAGCUGAAGUGGUCUGGGUGCCUAGAGUGGUCCUUUAAUGUUUUCCUGGCACUAUAGUGUUAAUAGGUCCCCUCCACCCUCAUGGCUGCCCUCCCGCCGGACUCUAGGGAGAGGAAGGGGUUAAACGCUUACCUUUCUCCAGCGCCGGGCUCCCUCUGCACUGGGGACUCUCCUCCCUCUUCCGACGAAUGCGCAUGUGCGGCAAGAGCCGCAACCGCAUUGAGCCAGUCCAUAGGAAAUCACAGUGAGAAUCGCGGAAGCGCCUCUAGUGGCUGUCAAUGAGACAGCCACUAGAGGCUCGAUUAACCCUAUUGUAAACAUAGCAGUUUCUUAGCUGGACCUGGCACCCAGACCACUUCAUUAAGCUGAAGUGGUCUGGGUGCCUAUAGUGGUCCUUUAAAUGCUGUCUCAGACCUGUUAGCAUACGUGCUGGGCUUUGUAUCGUACCUAGAAACUAGAACCAUUCUUUCCCGGUAUAUGGGAUGGACUUAAAAAAAGCUUGUACAUCGUAGGAGAACAAACUAGGUUAGUCUUAUGCGACACAGCCCUAAAUGUUCUUUCUAGUCUCAGCCCGAAAUGGUAAACUCAAGGAUCCACAAGUUACAUUUAAAGAAAAGACCAACUGCAGAAUGGUAACUUGAUAUUUUAUGCACGCUGUGCAUGUGCUCUUGGUUUCUGCAUGUGAAGACUGGGGAUACUUGGGAUACAAGGCCAAAUAUAAGUAGUGUGGUUUCUGGGUAGAUCAUUCACGUCAAGGCAGGGCUUGAAAAAUUUGUUUGGAAUCUAGGAGCCAGCUAAAAAAGUUAGGAGCCAGUCAUUUUCAGUGCGAAAAGGCAAUUCUUAAAGGGACACUAUAGUCACCAGAACAACUACAGCUUGAUGUAGUUGUUCUGGUGUCUAUUGCCUGUCCCUGCAUACUUUUCAGUGUAAACACUGCCUUUUCUGCGAAAAGGCAGAGUUUACAUUUCUGCUUAGUAACACCUCUAGUGACAGUCACUCAGAUGGCAACUAGUGAGUCCUGGGUCACUGCUGCACCACGUGCAGCACCCACGUCCAUGCUCUGCAUGGAGGCGCUGAAUGUUCCUCAUAGAGAUUCAUUAAUUUAAUUCAUUUCUAUGAGGAGAUGCGGAUUGGAACAUUUGCUGCACAUGCACAAAGUCCUCCCGAUGCUUCCCUAAAGAAAAGCAUUGGCUUAGCUGAGAUCAUAAAGACUGAUAAUCUCAGCCAUAGGCACGGCGUAGGAAAUUGGGAAGAAAGGUGAUCUUGACAAAAGCAAAUACGAUCGGAAGGGGCACACACACGGACAGGUGCACACACUCUGACAGGCUCACAUACAUACUCACGCUAACAACAUGCUUGCACGCACACACUUUGACAGGCUCGCACACACAGACUCUUGACAAGCACACACACACACUCUUGGCACCCCCUCUCAUGUCCCUUGGAGUAACUAAAUAGCCUCCAUUUGUUUAAAUAUGCAUAUGGAUUUGGUAAGAGCGCAGGUAACUUUUUUCUUUGGUUUUUACUGUAUGUAUUGGGGCUGAUGUGUACUGUGGUCGUUGCUGCCGCCCAAGAGUAGUGGAAGUUUCAGCGCAUGACCUAUUUUUGUGUAUUUGUAUUUACUUUUGUAUUACACAGCUGUUACAAUGCUGCCACUCAUCCCAUGUGUUCCCUUUUAAGGGUUUUACUAUAUGUAUUGGGGCUAAUGUGUAGUAUGGUCUUUGCUGCCGUCCAAGAGUGGUGGGAGUUUGAGCGCAGGACUUGUUUUUGUGUAUAUGUAUGUAAGCAUGCUUAAACUAACAAGUAGAUACUAAUUUGUAACUUUGAGGAAAAUCAUUCCUCAAAGUAUUAUCUGUGUGUAAGGGAGUCUGGAUUGGUGUGUAUAUGUGUGUAAAGGAGUCUUGAUUGGUGUGUAUCUGUGUUUAAAGAAGUAAGAAUCUGUGUAUAAGGGAGUCUGGAUCGGUGUGUAUCUGUGUGUAAGGGAGUCUGGAUCGGUGUGUAAGGAUGUCUGGAUCGGUGUGUGUCUGCGUGUAAGGGAGUCUGAAUCGGUUUGUAUCUGUGUGUAUCGGCGUGUAAGGGAGUCUGUCUCGGUCUGUAUCUGUGUGUAAGGGAGUCUGGAUCUGCAUGUAAGGGAGUCUGGAUCGGUGUGUAUCUGUGUGUAAGGGAGUCUGAAUCGGUUUGUAUCUGUGUGUAUCUGCGUGUAAGGGAGUCUGUCUCGGUCUGUAUCUGCGUGUAAGGGAGUCUGGAUCGGUGUGUAUCUGUGUGUAAGGGAGACUGGAUCUGUGUGUAUUUGUGUAAGGGAGUCUGGAUCAGUGUGUAUUUGUGUGUAAGGGAGUCUGGAUCAGUGUGUAUUUGUGUGUAAGGGGGUCUGGAUCCGUGUGUAUUUGUGUGUAAGGGAGUCUGGAUCUGUGUGUAAGGGAGUCUGGAUCAGUGUGUAUUUGUGUGUAAGGGGGUCUGGAUCUGUGUGUAUCUGCGUGUAAGGAAGUCUGGAUCUGUGUGUAUCUGCGUGUAAGGAAGUCUGGAUCAGUGUGUAUUUGUGUGUAAGGGGGUCUGGAUCCGUGUGUAUUUGUGUGUAAGGGAGUCUGGAUCUGUGUGUAAGGGAGUCUGGAUCAGUGUGUAUUUGUGUGUAAGGGGGUCUGGAUCUGUGUGUAUCUGCGUGUAAGGAAGUCUGGAUCUGUGUGUAUCUGCGUGUAAGGAAGUCUGGAUCAGUGUGUAUUUGUGUGUAAGGGGGUCUGGAUCCGUGUGUAUUUGUGUGUAAGGGAGUCUGGAUCUGUGUGUAAGGGAGUCUGGAUCAGUGUGUAUCUGUGUGUAAGGGAGUCUGGAUCUGUGUGUAUUUGUGUGUAGGGGAGUCUGGAUCAGUGUGUAUCUGUGUGUAAGGGAGUCUGGAUCAGUGUGUAUUUGUGUGUAAGGGAGUCUGGAUCAGUGUGUAUUUGUGUGUAAGGGAGUGUGGAUCUGUGUGUAAGGGAGUCUGGAUCAGUGUGUAUUUGUGUGUAAGGGAGUCUGGAUCUGUGUGUAAGGGAGUCUGGAUCAGUGUGUAUUUGUGUGUAAGGGAGUCUGGAUCAGUGUGUAUUUGUGUGUAAGGGGGUCUGGAUCAGUGUGUAUUUGUGUGUAAGGGAGUCUGGAUCAGUGUGUAUUUGUGUGUAAGGGGGUCUGGAUCAGUGUGUAUUUGUGUGUAAGGGAGUCUGGAUCAGUGUGUAUUUGUGUGUAAGGGAGUCUGGAUCUGUGUGUAUCUGCGUGUAAGGAAGUCUGGAUCGGUGUGUAAAAAUCUGCGUGUAAGGGAGUCUGGAUCAGUGUGUAUCUGUGUGUAAGGGAGUCUGGAUCUGUGUGUAUUUGUGUGUAGGGGAGUCUGGAUCAGUGUGUAUCUGUGUGUAAGGGAGUCUGGAUCAGUGUGUAUUUGUGUGUAAGGGAGUCUGGAUCAGUGUGUAUUUGUGUGUAAGGGAGUCUGGAUUUGUGUGUAAGGGAGUCUGGAUCGGUGUGUAUCUGUGUGUAAGGGAGUCUGGAUCAGUGUGUAUUUGUGUGUAAGGUUGUCUGGAUCAGUGUGUAUUUGUGUGUAAGGGGUCUGGAUCAGUGUGUAUUUGUGUGUAAGGGUGUCUGGAUCAGUGUGUAUUUGUGUGUAAGGGAGUCUGGAUCUGUGUGUAUCUGUGUGUAAGGGGGUCUGGAUCAGUGUGUAUCUGCGUGUAAGGAAGUCUGGAUCGGUGUGUAAAAAUCUGCAAGGACAAUCACUCUAUAAAGUAAUUAUAUCACUGGGAAGUAAAAUUGCUCUACAAACCUAUAUCUAGUCCACUUGAAAGCUGGUUGUUAGUUCACCGUAAGUCCCUGUUUUGUGACUGAAUCGAUUUGCUUUUAAAGCUAGCUCAUAUUUAAGAGAUUAUCCUAAUCUUUGGUGUGUUUUAUUGGUCAUUAUUUCUUUAAUUCCUACUUAAUCGCAUGUUUGCUACAAAACGGCUAGCACAAUGUAUAGAUUAAACGUCAGGCUCUUUAGAAAGAGCACAUGUUGCUUAAGGUGACAGGCUUCCAUUAAAUACACACUACAGACCCAUUUAAUGAAGCUGGAUGCACAAGCUGCCCUGUGGCUUAUAUGCCCUUCUCCAAACACCUUCAUUCCUGCUCUUUAUGAAUGGAGCUAUUUGCUGUCAGGUCUACCACCCAAAAUAGCCCAUGACAGGUUCAGCCGUAAUUUGCUUUAUAUAUAUAUAUAUAAAAUAAAAUAAAAAUAAAUAAAAAAUGCAAACAUUUUCAGACUUUUAAAUAAAUAAAUAUGUAACAACGUUAAUUGUGGCCAGGUAAAAAAAAAUAAAUUGAAAAUUGAACUCCAACUCUAGAAUUGCCCAGUUACACAACUCUGAAAACAUGGUGCACUGGCUGAUCAGUUUCAGUCACUUUCUGGUCUUUGAAAUCUUAAAGGGACACUAUGGUCACCAGAACAACUACAGCUUAUUAUUCUGGUGAGUAGAAUCAUUCCCUACAGGCUUUUUGCUGUAAACACUGUCUUUUCAGAGAAAAUGCGGUGUUUACAUUACAGCCUAGUGAUAACUUCACUGGCCACUCCUCAGAUGGCUGUUAGAGAUCCUUCCUGGGUCAUGGCUGCCUAAAAUGCAUCCAAACAUUCAGUGUCUCCUCCCUCUGCAUGCAGGCACUGAACUUUCCUAAUAGAGAUUCAUUGAUUCAAUUCAUCUCUACGAGGAAAUGCUGAUUGGCCAGGGCUGUGUUUGAAUCAUGCUGGCUCUGCCCCUGAUCUGCCUCUUUGUCAGUCUUAGCCAAUCCUAUGGGGAAGCAUUGUGACUGGAUCAGGCUAUCACAUCUGAUGAUGUCAGCAGGCAGUGGGCAGGUCAAAAGGAAACAGUGACAAAGCAAGCAGCUGCAGACUUGAAUACAAGUAUGAUUUUACUAUAUUUAGGGAGGCAUGAGCAAACCAGGGUGGCAAAAUUGUGGUUUUAACCCAUUAGGGUCAGGAAAACAUGUUUGUGUUGCUGACCAUAAAGUGCUCUUUUUAAGGAUUUUCAGCAAAUGUAAGAGCUUCAAAAAUGAAUACUUUUUAUGUUUAUUAUUAUUUAUUAAACUAUUAUUAUUUGUUUCUUUCCUAUAUAAUGGAUUAAAAAAAAGCACCUGUGAAAAGGCACUCUCAUUCUCGCAGCCUCAUAUAAUGAGUAAUACAUAGAAUUUAUUAGUUUGAAAAGUUAUCCCCAUGCUGUAUGAUAGUACCAUAUUAUCUGACUGGACAGGCUUUGUGGGUGUAUCAGUACUGAACAUGUUAUUACAUAUAUGCUUUUUGUUUGUUUUAUUUUCAGUUGUUUUAUUCCUGAUAGUCCCGUGAAAUAACAGGUUUAAGAAGCGUGGGGCUGGUCCAUAGACCGGGAAUGUAAUGGCAGUGGUGCAUAGGCCUGUUCUGGCUAAUGGACCACCUGAAGAUAGUCCCAUGCUCAGGAGACCCUCUCUGGAGCAGCCCAGGGUAAUCGAAGAGGAACAGAAAUCUAAUGUAAGUAUGAUAUUGGUGUGGUGACACAGGCCUUCCUCUCCUCUCUGUGCCUACUUCUUCCAUCCAAGUUACUUUGUUUUACCUUGAGAGUUCUUCCAUGUGUGCCUCCUGCCAUCUGCUCAAACAUUAUUCUUGCCCAUGAUCUCCAAUUGAGGAGAAAUGUUUAUUCUUGAAGCACUGGUCUUGUUGACAGUUGUGUGCUGUCUGUUCCAUUGGAGAAACAUGAUGUCUGUGUUGUUGGCUACAUUAGAGUAAAUUACCGUGGCUGUAAGUGGAGAACCUUACAGUCUAUUGAUGUAGUAGGAUGUACCUAUUGAGUUCAUUGAUUGGCAAUGGGAUGGAAACAUCUUAAACAGCGAAUAAAUACAAAUAUAUAAUUCCCACGUCAUUAUGGGGAAAAUCUACUUCAGAGAACGCAAAGAACCUUUUGUUUAUUUUACAACUGUAAUGUCAACCUUAUGUGUUUUGCAUCACUCAGCCGCGUCUUGAGAGCAGGCUACCUUAAAUGCUUAAAGGCAGCUUCAACAUGGAUGCUGUCCAGGAGGUGGGAGGGUCUGGGAGGGAGGGUCUGCUGGAGAUUGGCCGGGAUGUGUCAGCUGACCGGAGUUCGCCGCGAACGGCUCGUGGCGAACCGUUUGCGAAAAGUUCACAAACGGUUCGCGACAUCACUAAUAAUAAUAGUAAUUUCAGUGCUGCCUCGUCAGCCAGUUCUUCGGCAUAGUCUAAGAUGGCGACAAUUUAACUGACAGGUGGGAGACAAACUUAUUUUAAAUGGGUUUUUCUGCCGUAGUUUAUUCAAAAGAGCAUAGGUAGUUUGGGACAUAAUAGGUAUCCUUUGGUAUUCAUCUUUUAAAUAUAAUUAAAUGGAGUGCUGUUUGCUGGUUUGGUCUCAACAUAAGCUACUUGUUUGUAGUUAUACUCUGGGACUAAUGUAGCCAACAUUCCCUACAUUUAAACAUGAUUUUUACAAUUCCUGGGGGCAACGGUGUCAUGGUGUAACAAAUCUAUAGGAAUCUGACUGGAUCACAGAAAAUAUUGUAUGUUUCUUAGUGUAACAUACAACUGGGUCAGAAACAAUUCUUUACCAUAAUUAUUUCCCCACUAGUUUUAAAUGAAGAGUUUGUAGACAGACUUUGAGUCAGGAGACCCAAGACAAACAAACUUAUUUAUCAUUUAUAAGGUGGCUUCUUAGCCACAGUGGCUGAGAUAAAAUAUUUAAGUUGAAGGAUCCAAGGUUCUGCGGCCGGUGUGUAUAAUGUUGUCAGAUUCCCUAUGACGUCCUGUACAUGUAUCACUUGUACCUGUAAAGUUCUGGCUGUGCUGCCCUGUGACAUGUAGAAUUAAUAUGUUGCAUACUACAGAGCAGUACAUUUCUUAUCUUUUUAUAACCGUGAUGAUGUAAUUAUGUGUCCAGAAGAAAACUGUUGGACCUGGCAACCCUAGAUGUAUGAUAUUUCCUCCCUAGAAGCAUUAAUUCCACCAUGCUGCUGGGAUGAAUAACGCUCAGAAAACAAGCCAUGCUAUUGUAAUUUAGAACCACAAGACAUCAGACACACCAAGAUAAAUAUUAUCCUUGUAAUGAAUGCCCCACGUUAGGUAUGAGGGCUUCAAUAUGUAAUUAUAAAGAGGGCCAUCCCUAUUUAUUAAUGUUUAUAUUGAGUUUAGCAGCAACCCUCUGGGUUACACUGCAGGAAUUUAGCUUUAUAUAUUUAAUAGCAGGAGUUUAUACGUUUAAUAGCAUCAGGCACUCGUCUCUGUGUGUGUCAUGAUACACGCAAUCCUGUGUGUGCCAAGACCUGCAGCUGUGUUCACGAGAAAAGCAGCCUGAAAAUCCUUUUUUAUCCAUUACUAUAACUAAGCUAUUUGUACAAAGAGGCCAACCGCUGAACAGCUGCAUUUAAGCAUAUUUAAUGAUAUUACACAUAGUCACUAUGAUCAGUGCAUGUAGGCACAGGCGGAUUAACCAUGAGGUGUAAGGCUGCCAAUGGUGCCCUGAAUGUACUGGGCCAAGUUUGGCUCCCGUUACCGUCCCUUUACCGUCUCGGUGAUCCUAAUCCUUCUCUGCAAAGGUCUUGUGGUUUCCCUUUAACGUUCCUUUCAGGGACACGCCAACCCGUAUUGGCAUCUGUGGGCUCAGAUCUGAACCUACCCAGCAUGGAGACAUUUGCUGGAUGAUGGUACCUGGCCCCUGGUUCAAUUAUUGAACAUUAGAGGAAGAAAAAUAAUUGUAUUAUGUCCCAGCACCUAUCAGGAAUAUUUCUAUAACAAUUAAUCAAAGACUGCACUCGGUAAAUCGCAGUCCUCAGUCUAGAGUGAUAAUGUUAUUGGCAUGAAAAGAGCCCGCGCUGCUUUACAUGGUAUAUUUUAACGUUUCACACACUAUAACAGCACAGUGUAUGCUCACUGGGGAGUUUGUUUGUUUUUUGGUGACAGCUCUAUAUUUUCCAUCAGAUCAUUCUCCAAACAAGCGUUACGUUCUAGUAAACAGAACAGAAUAUAUAAAGUUAAGAAUAGGGACUGCUUUUUGGUUUCCUGCUUUAGUGGCACAUGGACUCAGUCUUAACUGGCUGCUGGAACCUUGUUUCAUGUGCGCAGAAUACUCCAAAACACCAGAUUUGUCAUGUAUUCCUCCACACAAGACAUCAUCCUACUGAUGGCCAGUACGUAAGGAAAUAAAGAAUGAAUAUAUAUCCAGGGAGAGGUUCCAACCUCAGCGUCACAUGUUUACUUCUCCGCAAGAUUGACUGAGCUUUUCAUCCUUCUGAGGUCAAUAAAAUGUAUAGUAUUAGUUGGGUAAUAAUAACCUCUAAUAACUACCCUCCAGCAUGUGAUUCGAAACUAGCUGCAAGCUAAAUGGUUAGUUAAACUUAAUAUUUGUUUUUAAUACGGAAGCCAAAAGAGGGAUGAAUUGAUUUUCCUCUUGUACCAUAUUAAGUCAAUUUACUCCAGGGCAGCACUUUUCAUUUGCAGUCAGUCACCAUGUUAAAGUUAUAUCUGUCCAAUAAAACAAGGUGGAUGGAUCUGGCAAUCCUAACUCGCGAGAACAAUCAAAGUGGAUUCUAAAGCACACUGUCAUUCAGUGGCGUACACACAAACCAUGGGGCCCCGGUGCGAAAAUGAUAGAAGGUACACCCUCUGUAUUACACAGCCAUGCUAUAGAAGGUACACGCUCUGUAUUACACAGCCAUGCUAUAGAAGGUACACACUCUGUAUUACACAGCCAUGUUAUAGAAGGUACACAGUCUGUAUUACACAACCAUGCCAUAUAAGGUACACGCUCUGUAUUACACAGCCAUGCUAUAGAAGGUACACCCUCUGUAUUACACAGCCAUGCUAUAGAAGGUACACGCUCUGUAUUACACAGCCAUGCUAUAGAAGGUACACGCUCUGUAUUACACAGCCAUGCUAUAGAAGGUACACAGUCUGUAUUACACAGUCAUACUAUAGAAGGUACACCCUCUGUAUUACACAGCCAUGCUGUAGAAGGUACACCCUCUGUAUUACACAGCCAUGCUAUAGAAGGUACACACUCUGUAUUACACAGCCAUGUUAUAGAAGGUACACAGUCUGUAUUACACAGUCAUACUAUAGAAGGUACACCCUCUGUAUUACACAGCCAUGCUAUAGAAGGUACACCCUCUGUAUUACACAGCCAUGCUAUAGAAGGUACACACUCUGUAUUACACAGCCAUGUUAUAGAAGGUACACAGUCUGUAUUACACAGUCAUACUAUAGAAGGUACACCCUCUGUAUUACACAGCCAUGCUAUAGAAGGUACACCCUCUGUAUUACACAGCCAUGCUAUAGAAGGUACAUGCUCUGUAUUACACAGUCAUGUUAUAGAAGGUACACUCUCUGUAUUACACAGCCAUGCUAUAGAAGGUACACCCUCUAUAUUACACAGCCAUGUUAUAGAAGGUACACGCUCUGUAUUACACAGUCAUGUUAUAGAAGGUACACCCUCUGUAUUACACAGUCAUGUUAUAGAAGGUACACACUCUGUAUUACACAGCCAUGCUAUAGAAGGUACACAGUCUGUAUUACACAGCCAUGUUAGAGAAGGUACAUGCUCUGUAUUACACAGUCAUGCUAUAGAAGGUACACCCUCUCUAUUACACAGCCAUGUUAUAGAAGGUACACCCUCUGUAUUACACAGCCAUGCCAUAGAAGGUACACAUUCUGUAUUACACAGCCAUGUUAUAGAAGGUACACGCUUUGUAUUACACAGCCAUGUUAUAGAAGGUACACUCUCUGUAUUACACAGCCAUGUUAUAGAAGGUACACGCUUUGUAUUACACAGCCAUGCUAUAGAAGGUACACACUCUGUAUUACACAGCCAUGUUAUAGAAGGUACACUCUCUAUUACACAGCCAUGUUAUAGAAGGUACACCCUCUGUAUUACACAGCCAUGCCAUAGAAGGUACACAUUCUGUAUUACACAGCCAUGUUAUAGAAGGUACACGCUUUGUAUUACACAGCCAUGUUAUAGAAGGUACACUCUCUGUAUUACACAGCCAUGUUAUAGAAGGUACACGCUUUGUAUUACACAGCCAUGCUAUAGAAGGUACACACUCUGUAUUACACAGCCAUGUUAUAGAAGGUACACGCUUUGUAUUACACAGCCAUGCUAUAGAAGGUACACUCUCUAUUACACAGUCAUGUUAUAGAAGGUACACCCUCUGUAUUACACAGUCAUGUUAUAGAAGGUACACACUCUGUAUUACACAGUCAUGCUGUAGAUUUGCUCCCUGCAUGUUCUGUAUCCAUUCCCGGAUGGUGGUACAGACAAGUUUUCAUUUUAAUGAUAGUACAUAGAAAGUUCUGAUAACCAGGUUGUCUCACGUGACUAUCUGUUGCUUUAAGGAGUCAGAGUGAGCUGUGACCGUAUACAUAAUUUAAAGAGUCAUGUAAUACUCCCGCCUGGCUCACAAGAUGUCUCUUCUCAUCACAAAGCUCUCAUUGUGUGUGUCUUGUAUAAUGGUAUCACAGUGGUUUUAUAGCUUUGUGAUCGGUUGUUCUGCUCUAAUGGAUGCAAAUAAAACACCCCAGGCAAAUGUUCUGUACAUAAUUACUGAGGCUUACAUGUUUGUUUUCCAUACCUACGGGCCUUUAACUCUUUCAUGUACCGGCAGUGCACUGCAGGUUGUUGGGUCCCAUUAAUCAAUGCCAUAUAUUAUUUCCAAUGUUUAUAUACUUUGCCAGGAUACACAGGGCAGUAUACUAAUGCACAGGAAAGGCGAGAAUUGUAGUUUAUUCUAUGCCAUUCUGUCCUCACUUGUGUCAUAGUCGGCACUAUAAAGCAGUAUUGGAUCUAGAACUGUGUAAAUGAAAGCAGUUGUUUAGCCAGCGUCUUAGCUCUUACUUGCUGGAAUGGACUCUUUGUAACAGCUGUUCAGCAGUAAUUUAUCCAUUAACUGGAACAUUAUCUUCGUAUUAAAGAAGCUGGGUUAGUAGGCAUUUAACCACUAGUUUGGGAGUUAGCGCCUUCGUAACAGAGAAUAGUUAUCUUAGAUGUAGUUUACCUGCUAGUUUGCUCAAAUAGAACUCUUAUCCCAUAAUUUGGUGGAAUAAGGUUCUUUGGGUUUGACGAAAUGUAUCCUCUUUGGUGGAAUAGGACGCCUUAGAAGAACAGUUGGGUAGAAAGCAUCUAACCUCUUAUGUAUGGUAGGCAAUAUGUUGCAUAAAUAACUUAGACCACACAAUAAACACAGACACAGUUUGUUUAUAUUUCAAUGGGCUUGGCCGUAGUGUUUAUUAAAGCUUGAACAGUGGGCAUACCACCAUAAUGUGAUAACGGUAACAUAUUUACAUAAACUUUUACCAUCACUUAAUUGCCAGUCAGUCAUAGCUAACCUGACCGCCUUUUAUAUACAACCAUUUAGCACAUAUCCUUCCUCUGAACUUGAACCUGAGGAUGACUUUUUGUGGCUAGCAGCCAAUCCUCAGCCCAGCUACUUGUCCCACUCUGCCCAACAACCUAACCAGGGGCCAUGAACUCUCACUAAACUUUCCUUAACUGUACCAACAGGACAAUUAACCCUUUAUUGCCACCAUACAUAUAUGCCACAGUGGCAUAUUAUCUCAUUAUACAGGCAUCUCAGUAUCGAAGCUGGGGUAACAGGGAUCUAGAACUGGUGGAAUAAAGCUUCUGUACAGUAAUUAAUAAGCUUUGCUUCCAACAUAUCUUCCAGAUAUUACACACAGAGGAUCCUGGACCUGGAAGUGAUAUUUAGGAAUUCAGCUAACAGUGAGCAGCAAUGCGAUGACACACUUUAACAGAUCUGUUUACUGUCUGUGUUCACAUGUGAGGGGUCACUGAGAGGGGUCAGAUGGCAGGCAGCCAGUGCCACAUGGUUACACUCCAACAUGUCUUAGAGUGACAUCAUCCUGUGUGACUGCCAGAGCGUGUCCACAUGGCUUACAAUGGAAGUGGCAGUGGCUAUGCCACCAAAGGUUCCGACAGUCUAAAUCUUUCAAGAAAGAUUUUUUACGGCUUUAUUUGCUCCUACCUGGAGCUUACUCACCUCAUGGACACUCCAGUACUGAGUAGGAAAAAAAUCCAGAAAUGUGUCUUCAUUCAAUCAGCUCAUAGCCUUCUCUUUUAACAUCUCCUUUUAUUUAGAAAUAAAAACAAUAUACUGGCGCUAAAACAGAAUAUAACACUCUCUAGUAGAAACACUAAAAAAGCUGCUGUAACACCUAGAUGCAAUCUUUCUUACUUACAUCAAUACAAAUAGGAAUACAAAAAAGAAAAAGGUGUAGCGCUAUAUACAUACAAUAGGACUGAACCUAGUGAAAGAAACGUCCCGAUGAGAAUAGUCCGAAUAUCGUAUACAGUAUACCUAAAACAGAGGGGGAAAAAAGUACUCCAAUAGUGUAACACUGCAAAGCUAAAUCGUAAUAAGGAAGAACAAGAACCGGAACAGGAUUUUUGGAGGAGUCGUCAGAUAGAGAGACACAAGAGAGAACAGGGAGCAGAUCAACUUUUAUAUCACAAAAGACGAAGAGAUUCGACACAAGCGGAAGGAGAGGAGGUAAAUCAAUCAAAAGAAGACAGGAGAGAAAGGAAAUAGAGGCCAUGGAGAAAGAACCUAUGAACCCUGUAACUAUGAAGGAAAUGGAUAUUUAUAAUAUAAGCAACAUAGAGUUAACAAAAGAUCAGGUAAAUACUCUCAGUAAAGGGUUAAAAUUUGCCCCAAGCAAGCAUCAGAAUCAUUUAGAUUUUUAUGUGGAUUUAAAUAAGUUUAAAAGAAAUUUAUGUUUGAAAAAAAUUCUUCCUUAAAAAUCCUAUAGAAAGACAACUUGAGUGGGAUAAUGAAUUUAAGCAUACAGGCCUUAGAAAGAAAUCGAGUUUCUUUCCUAAACAUAUGAUUUCAGAAAGUAUGAUAACAUUUGAGACUAUGGUCUUGAAUGAGUACAGAAAGAUAAAAACAAAGGAUAAAUUUAAUGAUAAUUUAUCAAUAAAGGAAAGGAAAGCGCUAAGGGAAUUGAAAAACAAUGAUAACUUAGUGAUAAAACCAGCGGACAAAGGGGGAGGAAUAGUGGUUAUGUCUAAAGAAUUCUACAAUAGCUUCACGUAUUUUGAUAGAUGUUACUACCUAUAAAAAAUUAACUAUUAACCCUAGCAGCACUAUAGAAGAAAAAUUUAGAGCUUUUUUAACAAAAGGCCUAGAAUUAGAAAUCCUAAAUAAAAAAUAAUUUGACUAUAUGAAUAUCCCAUAUCCUAAAACACCUGUUUUUUUAUUUUCUCCCUAAGAUCCACAAGAAUGUAGAAUAUCCACCAGGGAGACCUAUAGUCGCAGGGAUAGACUCUAUUUCUAGUAGGUUAUCUCAUUACAUCGAUCUACAAUUGCAACCUGUAGUUUCAAAAACUAGAUCAUAUAUAAAAGAUACAACAGCAGUUUUGAACCUAUUAAAAUUAAAUGUUUGGGAAGAGGGCUGGUUAUUAGUUACAUGCGAUGUCACAGCCCUAUACAGUAAUAUACCCCACAUUUAUGGAUGUGAAGCCGUAGAUUGGUUUUUAAGGAAUUCCACAGACAUGAGAGAUAUCCAAAUAGAAUAUGUGUUGGAAGGUAUUAGACUUAUUUUAGAUAAAAAAAAAUUCUGGUUUGGAGAGGAUUUUUACCUCCAGAUCAAUGGGACUGCCAUGGGGACCAAGUUCGCCCCCAGCUAUGCCAAUAUAUUUAUGUCAUAUUGGGAACGUUUGUUUGUAUAUGACGGACAUGGCUGGGGUGAGAACUUGGUCACCUAUGGCCGUUAUAUCGACGAUAUUUUCUUUAUUUGGAAAGAUAGAGAGGAGUCUUUGCAAGAAUUUCUUACUUUUUUAAAUUCUAAUACUUGGGGUAUUAAAUUAACUAGUACAUGGAGCAAUUUAGAAAUAGCCUUUUUAGAUUUAACUAUUUUUAUAGAAGAUGGAGUGAUUAAAAUUAAGAUUUUUUUUAAGACAGUUGAUGUCAAUAGUUUUAUUAAUAGAGAAAGCUGCCAUUUCACUCCUUGGCUGGAAAAUGCACCCAGGGGCCAAUUUUUACGCAUCAAGCGUAACUGUACAGAUUUAGGUUAUUAUGAGGAUCAAUCGACUAAAAUUAAGAAUGCUUUUUUGGAAAAAGGAUAUGAAGAAAAUAAGUUAGAAGAAGCUAGAUUGAGAGUGAAAGAUACAGAAAGGGAGGGCCUUCUAGUGUAUACAGGGCCGGCCUUAGGUGUUCAGGCGCCCUGUGCGAAACAAUCUUGUGGUGCCCCCCCCCCCUCACCUGUCUCUGUUUGGACCCCUUCAAACUAUUUUAGGAGCAUUCACAAUCUGUUGCCUCCACCCCCUUCUACAAAACCACUGCACCUCUUAACCAAAAUCCCUGGCCAGAUCUUCACCAAGCCCCUGGCCACCACUUCAUCAAACUCCUGGCCACCCCUUCCCCUUCAUCAAUGCCCUGGCCAUCCCUUCGUCAAACUCCUAGCCACCCCUUACCCUUCAUCAAUCCCCUCCCACCCCUUUAUCAAUUCCUGCCACCCCUUCAUCAGUCCCCUGCCCCUCUCAUCAAUUCCCUCCCACCCUUUACUCAGCCCUCUGCCCCUAUUCAUCAGCUGCCUGACCCCCUAAUCAAUCCCCUCCCACCCCUUUAACAGCCCUCUGCCCCAUUCAUCAGUCCCCUGACCCCCUCACCAAUCCCCUCCCCCUUUUAUCAGCCCCCUGACCCCCUCAUCAGUACCCUCCCACCCCUAUCACCCACCUGCCCCCCUUUAAUCAGUCCCAUGCCCCCCUUUUCAACCCCCUGCUCCCCUUCAUCAGCCCCCUUAAUACAUCCCAUGCCAAAUAAUCCAACCCCUGGCCACCCCUUCAUCAGUCCCCUGCCCCCUCAUCAAUUCCCUCCCACCUAUUUAUCAGCCAUCUGCCCCCAUUUCAUCAGCCCCCUGAUCUCCUCAUCAAUCCCCUCCCACUCCUUUAUCAACCACCUGCCCCCUUUAAUCAGCCCCAUGCCCCCCUUUUCAGUUUCCUGCCACCCUUUAUCAGCCCCCUUAAUAAAUCCCCUGCCAAUUAAUGCAAUCCAUGCCACCCCUUCAUCAAUCCCCUGCCCCCCUUAAUUAAAUUCCUGCACCUCUUCAACAAAACCUAUUUAAUAAAAAAGAAAAAAAAAGUCACUCACAGUAAAGGCUGCUGCUCCCUGGACUGAGCUGUCUCCGCCGAUUGAAGAGCACCGGGUGCCGCCUUCACUCACUGAAUUGGAUCCUGAUGACAGAGCACGUCGACGUUACGCAAGUACGCUGCAUAACGCCCCCACGCUCCUCCUCCACCCUCCAUACAGAAGUGGAUUCCCGGCGGCGGCUCUCUGCUCAUAAUUUGCAAGUCAAGUGCAAAGCAGUAUUAUGCACUUGACUUGCACUUUAACCCCUUAAGACCGGAGGGCGUACUAUUACGUCCUCUAAUAGGCGGCUCUAAACGCCGCCGGGCGUAAUAGUACGCCCUCCGGUCUUUCUGUACUUACCCGGUCGCCGGCGGUCCCACGCCGGCGAUCGCGGUGGGGGGGACUCCCAGGGAGCCCCCCGCGGCACGACCGUCCUCCAGGAAGCCCCCCGGCCGUGUGAGAGUGGGGUCCUAGCGAGGACCCCACAAUCACAUGGCCGGGGAUAGCUGGCUUCUGUAUUGCCAGCAGGGGGGCUGCCUGUAAUGACAGGUGGUCCCCCUGCUGGCUGAAAAUAAAAUGAAAUAAAUAAAUAGUGUAAAAAAAUAAAUAAUAUAUACUUAGAUCAUAUAUAUAUAUUAUAUAUAUGAUCAAAGUAUAUAUAUACACAUAUACAUACACACAUGUACACCGUCUAGGUGUAUUUUACUAUUAAUAUAUAUAUAAUUAUAUAUAUAUAUUAAUAUCAAAUUACACGUACACUGAUACUGAUUAAAUAUAUACAUAAUUAUUGUUAUAUAUAUAUUUAUAUAUAUUAUAAAAAAAAUUAAAAUGUAAAUACGUUAAAAAAUAAAAUUACAAAAAUAAUUAAAAAUAAAUAAUUAAAAAUAUAUAGAUGUGUGUUAUUUCGUUCUAACUGUAUUGUGAAAUUAAUAUAUAUAUAUAUAUAUAUCAAAAUACACAUAGAACGAAAUAAUAUAUAUAUUUAUACACAUAAAUAUAUACGUAUAUAUCACUAUAUAUAUACCCAUAUAUAAAUAAAAAUAUUUUAAAAAAAUUAUAUAGAUAUAUACAUAUAUAUACACAUACGUAUAUAUAUACAUAUAUUGAUUCUACAUAUAUAUUUAUGUAAUAUUUUUUCAUAAUUAGGUAUCUUAAUUAAUUACAAUUAGCAGGACCUGCAUGACAACCCAUGCCGAAAGUAAAGGGAAUUUAAUUUGCUAGCACUAUAUUUAACCCUAUAACAUUCCAAGACACCAUAAAACCUGUACAUGGGGGGUACUGUUCUACUCGGGAGACUUCGCUGAACACAAAUUAGUGUUUCAAAACAGUAAAAUGUAUUACAACGAUGAUAUCGCCAGUAAAAGUGACGUUUUUUGCAUUUUUCACGCACAAACAGCAUUAAACGGACUAUAUUAUUGCUAUGAUACUUUUUACUGUUUUGAAACACAAAUAUUUGUGUUCAGUGAAGUCUCCCGAGUACAACAGUACCCCUCAUGUACAGGUUUUAUGGUGUUUUCAAAAGUUACAGCGUCAAAUAUAAGGCUUGCGUUUCAUUUUUUCACAUUAAAAUUCGCCAGAUUGGUUACGUUGCCUUUGAGACCCUAUGGUAGCCCAAGAAUGAAAAUUACCCCUAUGAUGGCAUACCAUUUGCAAUAGUAGACAACCCAAGGUAUUACAAACAGGGUAUGUCCAGUCUUUUUUAGUAGCCACUUAGUCACAAACACUGGCCAAAAUUGGCGUUUUUUUGCAUUUUUCACACAAACAGAUACUAACGCUAACUUUGGCCAGUGUUUGUGACCAAAUGGCUACUAAAAGACUGGACAUACCCCAUUUGCAAUACCUUGGGUUGUCUACUAUUGCAAAUGGUAUGCCAUUAUAGGUGUAUUCAUUCCGAGGGCUACUAUACAGUCUCAAGGCAAAGCGUAACCAAUCUGUGAAGAACUCAAUUUCAAAUAUAGAUGCUAUAUUUGACCCUGUAACUUCCCAAAACGCCAUAAAACCUGUACAUAGGGGGUACUGUUUUACACGUGAGACUUUGCUGAAUACAAAUAUGUGUAUUUUAUUGCAGUAAAAGCAAACAGUAUUAUGACACUGACCGUUUAAAUGUCAUGUAGAACUAAAAAAAUCCAAUAAAAUCGGAUUUUCUCCCAUUUUUUUCAUAUUAAAUUAUGUUUCAUAGCUAAAUAUUUGAUAUUAAAUGAAAGCCCUGUUUCCCCUGAAUAAAAUGAUAUAUAAUAAGGGUGGGUGCAUUUACUAUAAAAGAGGUGAAUUACGGUUGGACAGACAUGUAGCGCAAAUGCCAGGUUUUGUUUACAUUUUGUUUUGUUCACAACGUGUACAUUUAGCUCCGUCCUUAGAGUUAAUGCAGGGCACGGCCGGCCUGCGAGAGCUGUGUGUUGGCGCCCGGCGCCCUGUUGCCUUACGCAUGGCCCUGUGCGGUAGCACAGCUACCAUGACGGCCCUGGAAGGAAUGUAUAAAGAGAGGAUAAAACAGAAUGUGGAAGAUGUACUUUUAUCUGCAAUUAUAGUUUGGAAAAUGGUAAAAUUAGAAAUAUUAUUUAUAAGUUUUGGCCUAUUUUACGGCAAUAUCCAGCUUUGGAAACUAUUUUAUUGGAAAAGCCACGUUUUAUUCAUAGAGGAGUGGGAAAUCUCCGCAGCACUUUAACUUCCAGUUAUAUUAGAGACCGGAAAAUUAACGAAAAUUAAUGACAGGUGGUCCCCCUGCUGGCUGAAAAUAAAUAUGAAAUAAAUAAAUAGUGUAAAAAAAUAAAUAAUAUAUACUUAGAUCAUAUAUAUAUAUUAUAUAUAUAUGAUCAAAGUAUAUAUAUACACAUAUACAUACACACAUGUACAACGUCUAGGUGUAUUUUACUAUUAAUAUAUAUAUAAUUAUAUAUAUAUAUUAAUAUCAAAUUACACGUAGACUGAUACUGAUUAAAUAUAUAUAUAAUUAUUGUUAUAUAUAUAUUUAUAUAUAAUAUAAAAAAAUUAAAAUGUAAAUAGAUUUAAAAAUAAAAAUUACAAAAAAUAGAGGUUAAAAGAAAUAAGAAAUAAUUAAAAUAUUUAGAUGUGUGUUAUUUCGUUCUAACUGUAUUGUGAAAUUAAUAUAUAUAUAUAUAUAUCAAAAUACACGUAGAACGAAAUAAUAUAUAUAUCUAUAUACAUAAAUAUAUGCGUAUAUAUCACUAUAUAUAUACCUAUAUAUAAAUAAAAAUAUUUUUUAAAAAUUAUAUAUAUAUAUAUAUAUAUAUAUAUACAUAUAUAUUCACAUAUGUAUAUAUAUACAUAUAUUAAUUCUACAUAUAUAUUUAUGUAAUAUUUUUACAUAAUUGGGUAUCUUAAUUAAUUACAAUUAGCGGGACCUGCCUGACAACCCAUGCCGAAAGUAAAGGAAAUUUAAUUUGCUAGCACUAUAUUUAACCCUAUAACUUUCCAAGACACCAUAAAACCUGUACAUGGGGGGUACUGUUCUACUCGGGGAGACUUCGCUGAACACAAAUAUUAGUGUUUCAAAACAGUAAAAUGUAUUACAACGAUGAUAUCGCCAGUAAAAGUGAAGUUUUUUGCAUUUUUCACGCACAAACGGCAUUACACGGACAAUAUUAUUGCUGUGAUACUUUUUACUGUUUUGAAACACAAAUAUUUGUGUUCAGCGAAGUCUCCAGUAAUAGUACCCUCGUACAGAUUUUAUAAUUCAAUUUUUCAAAGAUUACAGCGUCAAAUAAGGCUUUGGGCACAUUUUCACAUUAAAAUUCGCCAGAUUGGUUACGUUGCCUUCGUGACCCUAUGGUAGCCCAAGAAUGAAAAUUACCCCUAUGAUGGCAUACCAUUUGCAAUAGUAGACAACCCAAGGUAUUGCAAACAGGGUAUGUCCAGUCUUUAGUAGCCACUUAGUCACAAACACUGGCCAAAAUUGGCGUUUUUUUGCAUUUUUCACACAAACAGAUACUAACGCUAACUUUGGCCAGUGUUUGUGACCAAAUGGCUACUAAAAAAGACUGGACAUACCCCAUUUGCAAUACCUUGGGUUGUCUACUAUUGCAAAUGGUAUGCCAUUAUGAGUGUAAAUUUCAUUCCCGGGCUACCGCCACAGUGCCAAGAGCAGCAUAACAAUAGCGAGUAAUUCAAAUGUAGCGUGCUAUAUUUGACCUGCUUCCCCAGGCGCCAUAAACCUGUACAUAGGGGUACUGUUUUACACGUGAGACUUUGCUACGAAUACAAAUAUGUACAUUUUAUUGCAGUAAAGCAAACAGUAUUAUGACACUGACCGUUUAAAUGUGUAGAACUAAAAUCAAUAAAAAUCAGUUUUCUCCCAUUUUUUCAUAUUAAAUUAUGUUUCAUAGUUAAAUAUUUGAUAUUAAAUGAAAGCCCUGUUUCCCCUGAAUAAAAUGAUAUAUAAUAAGGGUGGGUGCAUUUACUAUGAAAGAGGUGUAUUACGGUUGGACAGACAUGUAGCGCAAAUGCCAGGUUUUGUUUACAUUUUGUUUUGUUCACAACGUGUACAUUUGGCUCCGUCCUUAAGGGGUUAAAUACAGAACUCGGCCGGCCUGCGAGCUGUGUUGGCCGCCCGGCGCCCCUGUUGCCAUGGCGCCCUGUGCGGCCGCACAGCUCGCACACCCCUAAGGCCGGCCCUGAGUGUAUAAAGAGAGGAUAAAACAGAAUGUGGAAGAUGUACUUUUAUCUGCAAUUAUAGUUUGGAAAAUGGUAAAAUUAGAAAUAUUAUUUAUAAGUUUUGGCCUAUUUUACGGCAAUAUCCAGCUUUGGAAACUAUUUUAUUGGAAAAGCCACGUUUUAUUCAUAGAGGAGUGGGAAAUCUCCGCAGCACUUUAACUUCCAGUUAUAUUAGAGACCGGAAAAUUAACGAUACUUUUUUAAAUGAGACCACUGCCAUCAGGGAACAUCAUUGCCAUGAAGGUUAGUUAUGUGGUCUGCAAAAAUCUCUAGGUAGGUGGUACAUGUUAAAGUAACAUCCACAUGUAUGUCUGGACCCAAGGUUUCUCUGCAGAACGUUGUCCAGAGCAUAACACUGUCUUCCUUCCUUAGUGCAUCCUGCUGCCAUCUCUUCCCCAGGUAAACAAUGCACAAGACCAUCCACCUGAUCUAAAAGAAAACCUGAAUUAUCAGAAAUUAAAAGGACACUAUAGUCACCAGAACAACUACAGCUUAUUGUAUUUGUUCUGGUGAGUAGAAUCAUUACCUUCAGGCUUUUUGCUGUAAGCUCUGUCUUUUCAGAAACAAUGCAGUGUUUACAUUACAGCCUAGUGAUAACUUCACUGGCCACUCCUCAGAUGGCUGUUAGAGAUCCUUCCUGGGUCAUGGCUGCCUAAAAUGCAUCCAAACAUUCAGUAUCUCCUCCCUCUGCAUGCAGACACUGAACUUUCCUCAUAGAGAUACAUUGAUUCAAUUCAUAUCUAUGAGGAGAUGCUGAUUGGCCAAGGCUGUGUUUGAAUCAUGCUGGCUCUGCCCCUGAUUUGCCUCUUUGUCAGUCUCAGCCAAUCCUACGGGGAAGCACUGUGAUUGGAUCAAGCCACCAACAGCAUGCAGAGUUACAGCUUCAGGCUUGAAUACAGUAAGAGUUUGCUAUAUUUAUGGAGGCAUGAGGCGCCCAGGGGGGCUAGAUGGUGGUGUUAACACUAUAGGGUCAGGAAUACAUUAUUAUUAUUAUGAUAUUAUGAUAUUUCUAGAGUGCCGUCAAAUUCUGCAGCGCUUUACAAUGGGUGGACGAACAGACAUGUAGUUGUAACCAGACAAGUUGGACACACAGGAACAGAGGGGUUGAGGGCCCUGCUCAAUGAGCUUACAUGCUAGAGGGAGUGGGGUAAAAUGACACAAAAAGGUAAGGAUAUUUGUAACAAAUUGAAGAGCCUUACCUGCUUUCAUGAGGAUUUUGCUAUACAGCAGUUCGGGACGUUUAAAGCAUUCAUCAUACGAAUGCAAACUACCGAACACCGGACCACCCUGCUACGAACGCUUUUGUGAAGUGCCUGGGUGGCCGCCAUUUCGGGACUUUUACACGUGUUCGCGGCCAUCUUAACUCCCGAACAGCGGUGUUUUGCCGUCGAGUGUCUGGAACUAAAAUCGGACACUCGAGUAGGCGAACACCGCUGAGACCUCCAUAGCACCGGGAAAUCGUGCCAAAACUACCGAACAACCUGCCGUUCGGUAGAAAGACUUAGUAGCAUAUGGGGAUUCCGGCGAACGUCGAGUUACGCACGAAUGGCAAGCCUUUCGGGACCUUUUUAUGCGUGAACAAAGACCAAAACUUUAAAGCUCCAUAUCUCCUGAACCACUGAACCGAAUGAGCUGAUUUUUUUAUAUGUUGGUCCCCCAGAAUAGCGAUACAUCCAAAACUUGGGGAAAAAUGUGUCUUUGUUAAUUGGGUUACAAGCUAAUCUGAGGGGAGGAGAUGUGUGGGAUGUACCUUAUGUUGUAUUGGUUGUUUUGUUAAUUAUGUGGGUGUCUCCCUUGCAUGGGCAGAAUCACAUAAAAAGAGAGUACCUGCCAUUAAAAGCCAGUUCUUCUUGACCCUUCAAAACGUAGCCUUGUCUCGUUAUUGAAAGGGAAUAUGCAGCAUAAUCACUUAGCUCUUUUAAGAGCUGUACCUGACUCCUGCCUUGGAUCCAGUGGAUGGGAAUAAGCAACUAUACAGCGACUUGUCAGGAAGAAAAGGACGUCUCCAACGGCUGAUACCCUCUGACUACCUGGGUAGCCGUUACAAUAGUAUUAGACUAGUGACAGUUGCAGAAGAGGAAUCAGUCAGGAGCUAUUAACAGUUUAAUUGAUACGCUUUUAUGAAGAAGUGGGUUUUUAAUGAUUUUUUUGAAGGAGUGGAGACUGGGUGAGCAUCUAACGGAGGAGGGAAACGAGUUCCACAGGAACGGUGCAGCCCUCGAGAAAUCUUGAAGGGGAGCAUCAGAGGUGGGAUACGUCUAGCGUAUCGUAAGGGCCUAGGACGGGACAUACUUGUGUAUAAGGGAGGACAGAUAGGUGGGAGCAGCAUUAUGUAGAGAUUUGUUUGUGUUCCUGACUCUAUCGUGAUCCUUUAAAGAACUGACUGUUCACUUUCUGACAAAUUUAUCCCACCACUUGACAGGUCAUUGUAACGAUAUAAUCAAUAUUAUUCAAUGUUUUAUUGUUGUGGUUGAUCAGUGUAAUAUCUCCCAGAAUGCUGCUAAUUAGACUUUCACCCGUCUAGUUUGUGUAUGCCAUGUCCUAUUUAAUGAACGUUUUCUGUGUGUGACAUGAUCCCAGGCCUGUGACACACGGAGUAGAUUCCUAUCGGUGUGUGCUAUCUCGUUUCCUGAUGAGAUCUACUUGUAGCAGUAAAGCUGUAUAAUUUACACCUAAAGUGCAAAUAAACGUAACACUAUACUAAUAGUCGAAUUGGUGAACAGCCGGGCAUUGGUAAUGUGCUGCACAAGAACAAAACAGAAUGUUUGCAGAGAUCCCCUAAGACAAUGUGUACAAUGAACCGUGUGCCGCUUGUAAGGGUGUCCUUUAUUUCACAUCCACCUGAUGUUCACUCGUCUAAUCAAGACCCCACCGGGUGUCUUUUUUUUUGUUCUAACUACAUUUAUUAAACUGUCUAAUAUCUGUAUGGGUUGUCUCCUUAUCAUACAUAGCUACAUUAUUUGCUUUCUAAAUAAAGUAAUAUCAUACAAUAAAAUCAUUUCUUCAUUUCAUGUAAAUACUGCAUGGAACUCUUAUCAGAUGCUCUCCUUCACCUUUUUUAAGCUAGCCUUCCUUACAUGAUCAUAUGCUACCUCAAAGUCUUGCAGGCCAUUGUUUUAACUCCACUACCAGGAACUGUCUAUCUCCACCUUUGAUCUAUAUCUCGGCGCUGAAAAUGUAUUGUAUCUUUUUAAUAUUUCUGGUAACACUAAGAUUUAUUAUUUCCUUACUGUACUUAGAUCUGUAGAGUUUGAUGGCAGUAUUAUAUGCUAAGGCUGACCUAUAAGUUGUAUAAAGCGAUGACUGAAUCUUUAUAGAAACAAUAUCACGUCAAUGUCACAUACAGACAUUUUACUGUUACUGUUUCAAAAUACCGUAAAUGAAAGCAAAACUGACAGAUAUUUUUUUUCAGUUUGGCUAUUUUUAUAAUUACAAAACAGUUGUCUGGGGAGCUGCCCUGUGUGACCCUAUGGAUGAGUCAUCACUCAUGAGAAGUAUACCAAACAGGUAUUCCUAUCAAUCAAUGUAAACAGUGUAUUUUCUCUGAAAAUACAGUUUUUACAUUAGAUUGCCUGCAGGGAGCUAUAGAUCUCACCUGAACAACUACAUUAAGCUAUAGUUGUUCAGGUGACUAUAGUGUCCCUUUAAACUGCAAUGUGUUAUGAUGUAAGCAUAAUAUACUACAUCUACCUUUAACCCUCCGUUUACCUCUUCCAGGUCUCGAGCUCCACCUACAAGCAGAGGAGUGAGGAGUUCCGAAGGCUGUUUAAAGAGCUACCAGAGAAUGACAAGCUGAUAGUAGGUAAGAGGGUCUAUGGAACAAGUCACUGGAAUGGAAUCUGAUAUUAGUGACUUGUGGAUUGCCUCUUGUCAUUCUAUAUUUUGUACGUGAUACUUGAUGAAUACAAUCAAUUAAAUAAAUAAAUAAAUAAAUAGUGCCGUGAACAUCCAGCAUUCACAAGCUACAAUACAUAACUCCUUUAAUGGGGAAUUCGAGGGGAAAUUGAAACCACAUUAUUUAUUUGUAUUUGUAAACACAGGAAGUCAAAUAGUUUCACAAGUCAAUUUGCUGAUGUCAGUGGGGAACAGAUUUAAUUUACAAGACUUUCUCAUUCACCUGAAGUGAGAGCAGGCGUGGCCAAAAGAUAACUAUUGUACAACUCUAACGAUGUUUUGUCAGUUGUAAGUCUACCGUUUGUCCAUUCGUAUAGGGUUGUAUGUGUAUGCAGUGCCUGUGUGUGAAUGUAGGAAAGUGUUUGUAUGGAGUAUGUGUGUGAAAGUGUGUGUGUGUAAGUGUGUAUUUUGUGUAUAUAGCCAACGCAAGAAUAGGGGCUAUUUGUGUGUUGUGUUGGUGUUUGAAUUCAGAGUUGUGUUUUUGUAGCGUUAGUAUUUAAAUGCAGGGGUGUGUUUGUUUGUUGUGUUAGUGUUUUCACACAAAGCUUUUUUAUGUACAGUGUUGGUGUUUGAAUGCAGGGGUGGAUUUCUGUUUAAUGUUGGGGUUUGACUACAAGGGUGUGUUUGUGUAGUGUCAGUGUUUAAAUGCAGUGUAGUGUUUAGUGCUUCAAUGCUAUGGUAUGUUUGUGUAUGAUGCUGGUGUUUACACGAAAGCGUGUGUUCACAUAUACACAUUGUCACACACACAAACACACACAUAGUCUGCUACAUGCAUAUAUACACAGACACAAACACACUGACACCUGACACACAGAGAUUGACACACAAGAAGAGUUAUACUGACGCACACAUGCACAGAUACACACUCUGACACACAUGUGCAUAUACACACACUUGCACAGAUACACUCACUGACACACAUAUAGCUCUACAAACCCUGACCCAUAUGCACACGCGUAGCCCUGUUCUCCCUUCUGCCAUGCCCACUUUACACAUACCUUCCCCAUGGCACCUGUUUUGGCCACUUUCGGUGCGGCUUGGAAAGAGCCGCAUGGUGACUGUGAUAGCCCCUGGUAUGGUUGCACCAGCUGAACCCUUGGUAAGUCCCCUCCUGCACUGUUGUGUUAUUAAUAUGUUUUUCUUACUUUUUUUUACAAUAUAAAUUUAAAUAUUUUUUUAGCAAAUGUUUUACAUGUCAGAGUGGGUGGACAUGUCUGAUUAACAACUCGUGAAUUUUUUAUGUAGUUAUUAACGCUUACAAGGUACACAAUUACAAACAUAAUAAUGCUAACACAUUUUGACCAAUCUUGAUAAAGUAUUACCAGCAGAAAUUAAGGUAACAGGACAUUAUUUUGCUUCGUGCCAACCUCCAAGCAUUAAUUUAUUGAAUAAUUUCCUGUGUGUUCUGUCUCCAGAUUACGCUUGUGCCCUUCAGAAAGACAUCUUACUUCAAGGGCGUGUUUACCUCUCCGAAAACUGCAUCUGUUUCCACAGCAACAUCUUCCGAUGGGAAACCUCGGUAAGAUUAGAUGGUGCUAUACAUCCUACGUCCAGCAUGCUGAGUGAUUGAGCCACCGUCGGGCUGACUGAGCAUACUAAGAGUUACAGUCUCUUACAAUGUCUUCCAUGGCGAGCAAUGUUUGGUUUAAAUUUAGCCACCAACAGUUCUGUCCUGAUGUUUAUUUAAUUUUUAUACUCACAAUGGUGCAUAACUUGGCAUCUCGCUCAGUGUCCACAAUGAAGCAAUACUAGCUAUCGGUCAGUAAGAGUCUGUAACUUUAUUCACUGGGACAUCUCUGGUUGUCUUGCAGUCUUAUCUUAUCUUUUUUGGUAGAGAUAAUUCUGCACUGUGUAUAACUGAGUUGUGGACCUUUUGAUUUUAUUAACCCCUUCAAUCCAAACCAUACUUAUACAUAAGCGAAAUUUAGUUUUGUACCUUUACCCAACAGAGAGACAAAUUUCAUUGCUGGGGUUACUGUAAAUAUCUGUCAGGAUAAACUAAUGCCCAACACGCAGAACUUAAAUAAAAAAUAAAGAAAACCCUAAGACGUAUUACCGCCGGGCCUUAGAAUGGCCAGAUGUAACGUAUAAGAGGAAAAAACACAAGACAGGCUGUGGACAAGAACACAGAAAUCAUGGAAACUAUAACAAGCCAAAGGUCGAGGAAUAUAGAAGUCAGAAUAGUCAGGAGCCAAGCCAAAGGUCAAGGAAUACUGAAAUCGGAUAUUCAGUAGGAAAGCCAAAGGUCAAAAUACACAAGAAUCAAUAUCAGAAACGCGCUCUUGAAUAACCAGAAUGGAAACCACGACUGGGCAGAGAGAAAUGGACAAAAAAGGUUUCAAUAGCCUAAGGUGCUCCCUGAUUGGCUGCAGAGACGCAUGUGAUAGUGAACGUUUGUGUGUGACAUCACCCACACGUUCCAAAAGGUAUGGCACUCUAAGGGUUAAUAACAAAACCCUUAAAAGGUUCUAACUUGCAGCGGCCAACGUCUCUAAUGGUUACAGACCUGGCCACUGUGUGAGGGGGAGGAAUUCCUGUCAGUGAGGCCGGAGGCAUCUCGUGAGGAGGUAAGUGAUAGGCAGCAUUCCCCUUACCAUGUGGGAAUGCCGCCACAACGAGAUGCGCACGAGCAGACCCGGCGGGUGCCUGCAGACCGGGUAGGUAUUUGGAGGCAUUCACCUUGAUGUAUGGGAAUGCCGCCGCAACGAUGCGCGUCCGCCCGGAUCCAUACCACACUCUGGCAGGAGCGGACCCAGAGGGCAGCGUGACAAUAUCACACUGUAGGAUUUCUUUUCAGCCUGCAAUAGCUAAAAUAGUACAGAUGGCUGGUUUUAUCCAGACAUUUGCAGUUACUGUAUGUGUACAUUAUGCCCACAAACAAGCAUCUUUUACCAACUAAAUGACAACAGGUGUCUUACAAAUACCCAUUGUCAAGUUAUUUAAAUAUAUUGUUGCAGUGUAAGCAUGCAGAAGCCAAACACAGAAAUAUUGGACACAAGUCUUCAGGAAGUAACAGGCCUUUAUUCACAUUACCGAUCGGGUCUCAGAUGAACUCCUGUUCCAAAAGAUCUGAGAGACCAACACAUAGUGUACAUUCCUUAUAUAGCACUAUAACUCCUCCCAUUAAUAGCUACACCCACAUAUACCUUUAACCAAUCAAUGAGCAGAAUAUAGACUUGUACAUCUAGUCAAACCACAUGGCUCAUCCAAGACAAAGGAAAUAAGUGCAAUUCCAGUUCCUGCAUUCCUGCACAUGCUCAGUACAUUGAUGACAGUAUCCUAGCUACAUGUAGCUAACCAACUGACACAACAUACACAUAUGCCACAUGGAGAUUUUGGCCUACUAAAUUUUGACCAUGCUGGAAUCCCAUCACAAUAUUAUAUGUUCCUUUAUGUCACCCCCAUGGUGUGUGAUAAAAUGAUCCUUCUAUGCUAUUUCUCCAGACCCUAGGUGGCAUUGUAAAUGAAGAAAUUCCAUCGGAUCUAUAAAAAUGGCCAUCCAAUAUUUUUAUAACGAAUGAAAGGAUAGGUUAAAAAAUCAAGUUAUAAUUAUUUUUGCUGUUAUCUUCAUUUAUUGUGCUACAAAUUCACCCUAGAUUUCUGUUUUAAAGUAAAGGCAGUGAGGAGGUUAAUGAAUUAGGCAUUCCGUAUUGGAACCUUUUAUAUGCCCAGUGGUGAUUGUAUAAUCCUUCCUCUCUAGAUAUGCUUGAAUCUCAGAGAUAUAACGUCUAUGACAAAGGAAAAGACUGCUCGACUUAUACCCAAUGCCAUCCAGAUCAGCACAGAGAAUGAAAAGGUUUGUUUACCCUCCCACCAUUGUUUGAGCUACAACUUAACAUUUUCCGACUUAAGUACAGCUAUACACAUUGUGAAUCAUCUUAUUAAAGGCUCCCCCACUUGGUGA